CUGUACGAAGCCAUGCUUGGAUUUUAAUAGCCAUGUUCCGACUUGCCAUGGAUUUCACCUCUUGUGAAUCUUUGGGCCACGGUCAUAGGCCCUUGCAAAGACCGGGUCACCGUGACCGACAUGGAUUCUGGCAUAGUCCUUUGUGGAGUCUUAGAUCUGGGCAGCAGGCCAGGAGUUAUGGGCUUCCGGGGAACCAUGCUUUCCCCUAUUUGGAACGGUCUAACGGACAGCUGGCCAGUACGUAUCAUUCCAAACGUCUACACAAAGCCACGGACCUCCUCUGGGAAAAUGGGCACCCCGAGCACUUUGUGCCCGCCAGAUCAGACCCUUCUCUGGCAGACGGGAGUACAGCAUACCAGACUUACUUGAGGAGGAGGAAAAGGUACCUCCGGGCGAUUGGCAAGCCCACUCCAGAGACCGAGGUGAUUGUCUGGGGGUCCACAAGCCCUUUGGAAACCCUGGAGAGCUUCUCGGGAAUUUAUGGCAGUGCCACCACCAUCUCUGUUUUGCGACACAAGACCACCACCAUCUCCACCACCACCACCACCACGAUCACCACCACAACUGCAGCUUCCACGACGGUUCAGCCAGAAGGACCUGGCCCUGGGAUUGGCACACCCAAGAACAACCCCGGUGUGAUUAGCACAAUGAUACCACCUGCCACUUCUGAUGGGAACAGAAAAGAGGUUGGUGCCCCUCCGCCCAAGAUCCCAGGAGACACUUCAGGUAUAUUUAUAGAUUGCUUUUAGAUCUGUAUGUAUUUGCUUGCACAUGUGCAAAUGUUGCAUUUCAUUUCCAGUUGUUGACCCAAGCGGGAAAACAAACAAACACACUGGGUGUCUAUUGUGAUUGGGUGAAGGGGCAUACUACGUAACAGAAAUGCAACACACACACACCACUAAUUCAUAGAACAUGAUAUCAGAGUGGUUCACAACAAUUUUAUAUAAAACCAUGCAAUAAAAGCCAUAUUAAAAAAGUUAAAAUCUGGAAUUAGGAAACGAUUGUGGAAAGCUGUAUUAUUAAUUGCCUGUAUGCAGCCUGAAAGAAUAGAAAGGUUUUCAGCAAAUAUUUAAAAGUUGGCACAGAAGGAGCUUUCUGAAUCCUCUGUUCGCUGAGCAUUACACCAUACUGGGCCAAUGACACCAAAGACUCAAUUUCUUGUUGUUAGUAUUGAGACCGAAAUGGGACAGAAUUAACUGCUUAGCCCAUCUGUGUAGCCCACCUGAUCCUCAUCACCCCUCUGCCAUUUUGUAACCCAUUAUAGAAAACCCACAGUGUGAUUUCCUUAAUGCCAAAAUAAUUUUCUUGAACACAGUUGCAUGCUGGUAAGUUACUUAGGACUGUCCUAUCAUUAGGCAGUUGCCUCAGAUGGCAGAUACUGGGGGGUGGGGUGCAGGGGGCAGUGGCGGAGAGAUGGUGGAAGAAAGGUGUCUAUGUACCAGUUGGCCAAUCCCUGCUCCCUCUAAACUUCCUUGUUGACUUCCAGUGUGGUGGAGGAUACCAUCAUGUUGGCAGUGUUGAAUGAAAAUUCAGCUCCCAGUCUGGUCAGCUUUUGCACCUGAGGCGAAGGAGGCAACUCUCUAGCCUUUUGUUUCAAGUGGCAAAAAGACGCAGUCUUUCCCUUGAGCCCUCUAAUGACCUGGACAUAAAAGAACAAUAAGAGCCUGCUGAAUCAGAACAAUGGCCCAUCUAGUACACAGUGGCCACUCAGAUACCUAUGAUGGGAAGCCUGCAAGCAGGAUUCGAGCAUAGGAUCACUCUCCCCAUCCUGUGGCUUCCAGAAACUGGUAUUCAGAAGCAUUACUGCCUCUGACGGUGGAGGCAGAGUAUUGCCAUCAAGGUUAGUAGCCACUGAUAGUCCUUUCCUCCAUGGAUUUGUCUAAUCCCCUUUUUAAGCCAUCCAAGUUGGUAGCCACCACUGCGUCCUGUGGCAGGGAGUUCCAUAGUUUAACGAUGUGUUGUGUGAAGAAGGGUUUACUUUUGUCUGCCUUGGCUCUUUCAACAUUUAGUUUCACUGGAUGUCCACGAGUUCUAAUGUCUUAUGAGAGAAGGGGGAAAACCCCACCCCUUUCUCCUUCCACUUUUUCCAUGCCAUGCAUGCAUACUUUUAUAAACUUCUAUCAUGGACCCCUUCUUGGGAGUAGUUUUCUAGUAAAGAAACAAACGAACAAAAGGAUUACAGUUGAAAAUGGAAUGAAAUGAGUUUCAAGGAAAAUGUUCAGCCACUGAGCAAACUGGAACUCCCUCCUUCCCUCCCUCUGAUCCUUCAUUUUUAUGUGUGGUACUCACUGGGGGUUUAAAGGGGGUUUGUCCGUAAGCUCAGUAAAUCCACACGUGGGAGCCCUGUAAUCGAAUCUAAGCGCCAUGCUCAUUCCUCAUAGCGCAACGCACCGAUUCCAUUCGCUCAGCAGCUGGAAGUGGACUUUCCAUUUAUUGCAAAUUAUGUUUGCUAUUACAGAAGUUUAGACUGGAAGGCCCUUUGCCACACAUGAAGUAAAUUAAAUCGCAGAGAAUGUUGGUUGUGACUCGUAGAGCCCAGAAAGAUGCUUCUCUUUAAUAAAAGGGAAAGAGAGGAAUUGUUGGAAUUUACAGUAUAAUCUAUACCCAGAUUAAUUUCUCUAAUGGACCCAUCUUCUAGGGAGAAAUAGAUAUUAACUUAUUCCUUUCCCUGAAUACUGAACUAGGCAUUAAAAGGAGUGUUUGGUGGGCUGCUGAAACGAAAAGGAAAAGCAGCAGUCUUGCAUCUGCUCUUUAGCCAGUGCAGCCACCUCCAGAUUUAGACUACAAUUCCCAUCAGGCCUAGGCAGCAUAAGUUAAGGAUCAGAGACAGUGGGGGCUGUACACCACAAUAUCAGAAGGUUGCUGUAUUGACUACUCAUUGUGUGGCACUAUCAACCUGGAGUGCUAUGUCCAGUUCUGGGGACCACAUUCCAAAGGAUAUUGGGAUAGCUCAGUCGGUAGAGCAUGAGACUCUUAAUCUCAAGGUUGGGGUUCGAGCCUCACCUUGGGCAAAGAAUCCUGCAUUGCAAGGGGGUUGGCCUAGAUGGUCCGCAUGGUCCCUUCCAACUCUGCAAUUCUAUGAUAAGUUGGAAGGUGUUCAGAGGAGGGUGACCGGGUUGAUCAAGAACGGCUAUGAAGAAUGGCUGAGGGAGUUGGGUAUGCUCAGCUUGGAGGAGAGAAGACUGAGAGGUGAUGUGAUAGUCAUCUUCAAGUACUCAAAGGGCUGUCUGUCCCAGCCUGUCCCAGAUAAGGAAGGCACAUGCUUGUUAGUUACCUCUUUAUUGGCAAGAGAAACACUGACAGCAGCUUCCUCCAUGCUCUGGAUAGGCAUGCACACAUGCUUCUAGGUAAAGGUAAAGGUAAAGGUCCAGUCAUGGCUGACUCUGGGGUUGCUGCGCUCAUCUCGCUUUAUUGGCCAAGGGAGCCAGCGUACAGCUUCCAGGUCAUGUGGCCAGCAUGACUAAGCCGCUUCUGGCGAACCAGAGCAGUGCACGGAAAUGCCGUUUACCUUCCCACCAGAGUGGUACCUAUUUAUCUACUUGCACUUUGACGUGCUUUUGAACUGCUAGGUUGGCAGGAACAGGGACCGAGCAACGGGAGCUCACCCCGUAGCGGGGAUUCGAACCACCGACCUUCUGAUGGGCAAGUCCUAGGCUCUGUGGUUUAACCCACAGUGCCACCAGUGUCCCCAUGCUUCUAGGCAGCUGUCCACAAAUCUGGGCCCUGUGGAGCAGUUGCAGCAACAGGGAAAACCUUCCCCUUUGCCAGCUUAUAUACAUUUCCCUGAAAGGUUGCCCACCCACAAGCUGCGACUUCUGCAUGGAAGGUGCCACUGCCCUUCCCACUUCAAGCCCCUCCUGGUUUUAGGAGAUGCUGGGUGGGGGAGCUUUGUGGGGAGUCUAGUGACCUGUCUGUUGGCUAAACAGCCUCUUCUUCUUCUGGCACACCUGGCACACCUUCCUCUCUCUCAGUCUGCCCUGACUCUCCCUCCCCUGACUCCUGCCUUGCAGGCAAAAACAUCACAGACCAUAAAUCACUGCUCCCUUCUUCGGGGUCACUCUGCUGGUCCUCUGCCUGCACCACACACCCUUCAGAGUCUGUCACUCCCUGACGCCAUCACAUGGAAGAUGGAGCAAGUUUAUUUUCUGCUGCUCUGGAGGGUAGGACUCAAACCAAUGGAUUCAAAUGAUAGGAAGAACUUUCUGAUGGUGAGAGCCAUUCGACAGUGGAACAGACUCCUUCAGGAAGUGGUGGCCUCUCCCUCACUGGAGGUUUGCAAACAGAGAUUUGGAUGGCCAUCUGUCAGGGCUUGUUUAGCUGUGAUUCAUGCACUGCUUGGGGUCAGACUAAAUUGCCCUUGGGGGAACCUUCCAGCACCACAAUUCUGUGAUUCUACCAUUCUAUUAUCCUAAAUGCCUGAUGGCAACAUGGUUAAGGAUGCAACUGAAAUUUAUCCAAAUUUAUUUCUAGACUCGGGAACUCUAAAGUACAUCAUUUUGCUUGCCGCGUCUCCUGAUAGCAGCCUUGUGGCUCCAAGGUGAAUAAUGUCUUGUUCCAGCUUGAGUCAGGCAGGAGGAGGUAGCAAUCAAUCUUUGGAAUUUUAUUCACUGGUUGGUUUUCAUUUAUGAAUUGCUUCCUAUGCGAUUUAAGAAACAAAAACAGCAGAAAUAAAAACCUACACAAAAGCACUUCAUACAUAAAAGCAAUUAAAACAAUUCCACAUGUGGAAAAGCAAUUCCAUGGAUGAAAACAAUUUCAAAUUUCAUACAGACCGGGGGUUUUUAUAUUUUAUAUAUAUUUUUUUAAAAAACUGAAUACCUCUACUUGAGAGCCUGGUUGAAAAAGGAACACUUUCAAUCAGCACUGGAAAGACUACAAAGCCUGUCUGAUAGCAGGAGAGGGGGAGAGAGAGAGUUUUGGUGGUUAGGUGCUGCUACACGUAAUGCUUGAUUCCAAUAUUAUAUGGAUGGACUUUUGAUGAGAUUAUAUCUGUGCAGUGUUUGUUUGGGUAGUUAAGAAGAGCGAAGAACCAGUGUGGUGUAGAUGGAAUAAAAAUGGGAGACCUGGGUUCAAAUCCCUGUUGUGAAGAUAACCCAGUAAUCUUGAGCCAGCCAGUCACCACUUCUCAGCCUCAGUGUUUCUCAUCUAUUCAUUUAAUCCACACAACAACCCUGUGAGGCAGGUUAGGCCGAGAGGCAGUGACUGGCCCAAGGUCACCCAGCUUCAUGGCCAAGUGUAAAACUGAAGCUGGGUGUCUUGGGUCCUAGUCCAGUACUCUAACCACUACACCUCUCUCUCUCUCUCUCUUGCAUCCUGCCUUAAAACUCACAUGCAUUUUGCACAUGAUUUUCUCCUGAUGUGUUCAUUUUGCAUUAUAGAAUCCAUUCCUGCAGAUUAAUAUUCCGUAAUAUACACCAUUUCGGUGCGCACUACAGAUUGCUAUAUAUACUUUUUGAGGAGGAGGACUGUGCAGAAGCGGGAGCUAACUCCUAACCCUAACUCUUUCCUUUGGCACCUGAUAUGUGUGUUUCGAGGACCCGCCCUGUCUUUGUGAAUGUAAUAUGCUUCAAAUGUUUUCAAUUCUCAGUUUUAAAUUGUCGUAUCGCACCCUGUGACCUGCUGGUGACAGGUGGGUAAUAAUCAAAGCUGUCAAUGUUCCCCUUUUUUAAAGGGAAAUUCCUUUAUUCCGAAUAGGAUUCCUUGCAAGAAAAGGGAAAAGUUGACAGCUAUGGUAAUAAUAAUUGCAGAUAUGAAGAAGUGUGAAUUUUGAAGGGUGCUGUGCAUAGUUAAAUUAUGGAACUCACUGCUGUAGGGGGUUCAUAUAUAUUUUUUGUUCAUAUGGUGGCUCAGAAAAUGCAAAUUAGGUAGCUUUGCAUUAAAUUAUAAACUAAUUUCUAUCUCAUUCACUACCUGGACCUUACAGGAUAAUCAGCUUGCUUAGAGUGGUUUGCUACAAAAAGGCAGGGGGUUGCAGACUGGGAGGCCCCCACCUCUUAUGCUAUUUGUAGCUGAAACCUGGAGAUUAGGUGAGGAGGGAUGGAGGGAACGUGUGCCCGUUCACCCUUCCUACAGACACCUUGCUACCAAUUCCGAUCACUUACUGAUUCAGUCGUUGCUCCUGCCCCGACACCCUCCGGGAGGUGCCUCCACUUCCGAGGAUGUGAAGCAGGCUUUCUGGAGCUCCGUUGCUAUUGGCAACAGAGUUCGACAUGUGUUUGAAGUGGAGCAAGUUCCGCCCCCACACGCUGAUACUGAGAGAGCAUCGCUCUGUUGUGGGGAAUGAACAGGAAAGGGCAUGUAUUUCAGGAUCUUCCCCUGGAGGGGAGAGUGUUGCUAGGCAUUAUCCCUGACUUUGAGAAAAAUUGCAAGGUUUUUACUCCCCUCCCUCUUUUUUCUUUUCAAAAACCCAAUAACAACUUUCUUUUUAUAAAACUUUACAAGAGUUCCUCUUGAUCAAUAAUACAUGAUGUAUAUAAUCUUGGCUUCAGUACACAAUGUUACAUCUUGUUAGACAUUAUAUCGUGUUACAGCGCACUUGUGUGCCAUAAAAGAAGGCCGAUGCCUCAUAGAAGCACACAAUUGGACACUCUUGGAAACUCUUGGAAAAGCAAUAAUGUAGAGAGGAAGCUUUCCACUGUGUCCCUGGCUGAAUCAGGGUUCUGGGCAAACUUCCUUACACUCAGCCUCUGUUGUGGGCAGUAAAUUGUAAGCCAGUGCAAUAUAGCAGCAAGGGUGUCGGUCUGUGACCUGGGAGACCAGAGUUCAAAUCUCCCGACUUGGCAAUGAAGCUCCACUGGGUGAACUGGAUUCACAGUUGCUGCGUCUCAGCCUAACGUACCUCACAGGGUUGUUGUGAGGGAUUGAAUGGAGAGGGAGGAGAACCGUGCAUGCAACCUUGAACUCACUGGAGAAAAAAAGCUGGUCUAUAAAUGCCAUAAGUAAAUGAAAUAAUAAAAUUGUGUCUUCUUCAACUGGUAGGGUGGGCUCAUCCCUUAGACAAGGCUGCCUCUUGUGUCUCUGCAUGAGUUGCUGGUUUACUAUGAGAAGAGGAUGCUGGUCAAGAUGGGCCACUGGCCUGAUCCAGAAGGGUUCUUAUGCAUCUGUAAAAUGUGUGCAAUUUAAAUGCAUUUUCUUUCAUUGCCAUUUCAUUUGGAAAUAAGCCUACAAUAAAAUGCAAGUGAGAUGGAAUGGAAUUAAGCUGAACCAUACAUUUUUAGUAGUGGGGAUGGGAUGGCUAGUGUACAGGAAGCUCAAGCCGGAAUGAAAUUGCACCCUCUUCACCGAGGGGUGGGUGGAAUUACUCUGAAUCAAAAGCGCUGGCAAAGUGGUCCCCAGCAAUGCUCAGAAACCAACUUUUAAGGGCUUUCAAAACCCUUCCUCAAAGAAGAUGAGGUGAGCUCAAAGUCUUCCUCAUACCUUCUCCUUUGCAAGUGGAAAAAACGGCUUGGGAAAUGCAUGCGAAUUCAUCAGGAAUAAGAUGGGAGGCAUGAGGGUUAGGGCAACCCCUCAGCUUGUUUUGACCCUUAGCCUCCCUAUUUGGCCACAGGGGAUAAUGCUAGUAACUCACCAUGAGCCACAAUAGUUCUACCUCAGGCAUAGGCAAACUCGGCCCUCCAGAUGUUUUAGGACUACAUCUCCCAUCAUCCCUGACCACUGGUCCUGUUAGCUAGGGAUGAUGGGAGUUGUAGUCCCAAAACAUCUGGAGGGCCGAGUUUGCCUAUGCCUGUUCUAUCUCCACUGUCAGAGGCAGUAGAUGCAUCUGAAUGCCAGUUUGCUGGGAGAGAGACACUUUAGCACUUGGCUCCUACUUGGACAUCCUGUGAGAAGAGGAUGCUGGGCUGGAAGAAAAUUUGGAUUGAACCAGCUACAGGAUCUUCCUAGGUUCUUAGGUUCACAGUAUAGCCCAUUCUCCAACCAAAUUCUACUCUUUUGUUGACUAGGCUUUCACGUAUUAUUCUUAUUAUUUAUAUCCUGUCUUGCCUCCUGACAGGAACUCAAGGUGGCUUACAGAUAAAACAGGUGUGGGGGGUGGGAAAAAAAACCAUCCUUAAAAAACAAUUAAACAGUAAUAGAAUUAAAGGUUUAAUAGAAUUAAACACACACAUAGAGUGAAAACACCAUAGCCACAGCACUUUCCUUAAAAUCAGUGAUUUUAUUGGAACAAGAAAAUCUUCACCUACCGGCUGGAGAACGAGGAGGGAGCCAGUCUGUUUUCUCGUGGAAGGGCAUUCCAAAGUCUGGGGCCAGACACCAAGAAGGCCUUCUCUUGCAUCUCCACCAAGUAUGCCUUUGAAGGUGGCAGGACUGGGAGAAGGGCCUCUCCUGAAGAACUCAGAGCCUGGGCGUGUUCAUAUGAGGGGAAACGGUCUUCCAGAUAGCCUGGGUCUAAGUUGUACAGAGCUUUAUAGACUUCCAAGGUCUAUGAAAACAGUUGAGGCCAUAAGGCUACAGACUCGACAUUAGCUACUCCCUUGGCUUAUAUCAAAUAAAACUGCUUCCAUGCAAGUUCCUAUGACUCUAAAGGUGGAGCUGCCCUAGCACUGCCCCAUAUUUAGACAGAGUUCAAGUGAGGGCUUAAACUGGGGUGACAAAUUGUGGGAAUGCAUGUGAGCCCCACACCCUGCAGUCAUUUCUAUGCAUGCUGACUCUUGUUCAGGGGAGGGGGAAUGGGUUUCUGUUGGAGUUGGAGUGGAGGGUGGGCAUGUGGGGAGUAAAUCUUGCAUGCUCCCUUCUCCACAGGCAAAGCCCCUCACAUAUUUACUUGCAUUCUUUUAUAGCAAAUUGAGCCCAAGAUGUGAUGUGUAACCUACUGUGCCACUGCCUGUGGUUGGCAAUAUUCAUUUUGAGCUAUUAACAAUGUGUCAUGGGAUGCUAAGGUCUGCCUAAGGCCCGGGUGCUUUCUUUGCUUGCAAACUGGUGCAGCCCAUGGAUUGUGGGGGUGAAUGAAGGCGUCACUUAGACCCACCCCCCAGCCACAUGUAAAUUGGGUGUCCAGGGCUCAUCCUGGUAUGGGACCGCAAGUGUUACACAUCCUCAAAAGCUUUCCCUUUUUGCCUCUUGUGAAAUAUUGGCUGGUAUGGACCGUUACGUUUUUCACCAAAGCAUCUCUUCUUUUCUCCAGCUGGGAAACACAAGCAUCAUUCUCUUGCUCCCCCACCCCAUCAGCCCUUUCAAAGGCCUGGAAAAUGCUGUUUCUCUAAUCUUCUCUGCAACCAAAAUGAUGCGCUCAGCAUCUCCAGAUCCCCCCUUCUCCUGCUUCUGCUGGUGUUUUCUAAGCAGAUACCUCAGGUUGCUGCUAAUUGAUGUUUUACCCAAGGGUUAAGGUUCGGACAAAGGAUAAUCCUGCUGUUCCAUACCAACAUCUGACAGGUCUGAGUCACGAGGGGAGGGGAGGGAACCACGGCAAUGCAAUGCUCGAACCAUCAUCGACUGACCGCCGCUAAUUGCAGUGGCAUGCAGAUUGGCCCUGAGCAGACUCCUUUCCCGCUUGCUGACAUCAGAAGGAGAUGAUCAGAGUUAAUUUGCCGGAUUGCAGAUAGGGAAGAGUAAUGCUGAAUUGCUCAGAUUCUCGUUCCUCUCCUGUGCUGUGUAAGUCAUCUCUGACUCUAUUGUUAUAAGAGAGGGAGAAAAUAAACUUUUCCCUAUCUGCUUUCUCGAUGCCAUGCAUCAUUUUAUAAACUUCAAUCGUGUCGCCUCUUACUCACUUUUUCUCUAAACUAUAAAGUCCCAAAACACUGCAACCUUUCCUUACCCGGGAGUCUCUCCAUCCCCUUGAUCAUUUUGGUUGCUCUUUUCUGAACCUUUCCCAACUCUACAAUAUCCUUUUCAAGGCCAGUAUUCCAGGUGAGAUUGUAUCAUGGAUCAUUUUAACUGCCUGGUGAUAUCAGCAGUCUUAUUCCUUUCCUAGUGCUCCCUUGCAUGGAAUUUGCCGUUUUCACAGUUGCUGCACACUGGGUUGACAUCUUCAUCAGGUUAUCCGCUGCACCCACAAGGUCUCAUUCCGGCUCAUUCACUGCCAGCUCAGACCUCAUAAGCAAAUAUCUGAAACUAAGGUUUUUCGUGGCAUUAUAUUUGCCACAAGGGGCAGCUGUUCACAGAUCCCAGCAGUUAUUGAUUUUCAGCAUGUGGGCACUAGGCCAGUAUCAACUGGCCAGUAUUGAUCAGUAUCAUUGUUUAUGGUCGGGGAAAAUAAUAACACAUGAAUGCUCUUAAGAUCUCAGGAAAGUAUGCAUCCCCUUUCUUCAGAGGAGUGGGCUACGUAGGGUUUAAUGCAUACUUUCCUCCCAACAGUCCUGUGAGGUAGGUAGGGGUGGGUGAAAAUAACCUGUUUGAAAUCAGCCAGUUAGCUUCAUGGCUGAGCUGAGAUAUGGUCCCUCAUCUCCAGGUACUUGUUGUUGGAAAACUAGCCCCCUCGGGAGAGGCUGGCCCCUCUCCCAGGCUCCAGGGGCUUGUUUGCCGGUGAUCUACCCUGGCUGGCAUCCCGGCAGUCCAGGAAGAUCUUGAUAGGCAACACCUCCCUGCGUGAAAGGUGCACACCCCCUUCUUCCUUGCAUACCAGCAGGAGAAAGAAGAUAGUCAGAAAGUCUAUUUCAUCUCUAGUUUAUUUCUGACUGUACAACUGUACAAAAACAUGUCCGUUCACUUAGACUUCUCCGAGCAACUGCACUCAGACUUCCUUCACACAGGCAACAGGAAGGUCUCAUGUUACACAAAGAACAAAUUCCUGUGAAUUCCCUGGAACUUCCUGUCCCACGGUCAGCUUCAUCAUGUGAUGUAAAUAUCCAGCUGCUUGUUCGCAGCUGCGUAGUACUCAUAUCCCAACAUUUGUUUAGUCGUUAGGUCGUGUCCGGCUCUUCGUGACCCCAUGGACCAGAGCAUGCCAGGCACUCCUGUCUUCCACUGCCUCCCGCAGUUUGGUCAAACUCAUGCUGGUAGCUUUGAGAACACUAUCCAACCAUCUCGUCCUCUGUCGUCCCCUUCUCCUUGUGCCCUCCAUCUUUCCCAACAUCAGGGUCUUUUCCAGGGAGUCUUCUCUUCUCAUGAGGUGGCCAAAGUAUUGGAGCCUCAGCUUCACGAUCUGUCCUUCCAGUGAGCACUUAGGAACUGUUCUAUUUUCAAGCAGUAUUGGUGACCCUAUUGUAUGAUAUUCUGGACAACUAAGUGUGGUUUUGUUUUCAAAUGGACAGGAGGUAGUGAAGACCACCAGCUUGGGUGUACAAAAGAGGACUGGACAAAUUCAUGGAGGAAUGGGCUAUUGAUGGCUGCUAGUCAUGACAGCUGUGCUCUGUUUCCACAGUUGAAGGCAGCAAUACCUCUGAAUAUCAGUUACUGGAAGCUACAGGAGGGGAUAGUUGCUCUUGCAGGUUUCCCAGAAGAGGCAGCUGGUUGGCCACUGGGAGAACAGGAUGCUGUACUAGAUGGGUCAUUGGCCUGAUCCAGCAGGCUUUUCUCAUGUUCUUAUGCAUGCUUUUUGAUCUUCACAGUAAUCCAUAUUUUUCUCCCUACGUGCGAUUGGAUAAAACCUACAAAGCAGAACUGGAUGGAGGCUGGCUUUGUGCAUUGCCACGUUGCCUAGACACUGCUCCCAAGGACGCCUCUCCUGCCUCUUUCGUCCUUGUCAAGACUGAACCUUUGGUGCAUUCAGUUGCUGACAUUCACAAAAUUCCACCGAGAGCUGGUUGAUGACAUUGGUGCCACUACAGCACCAGAGAUGGAGCGGGGAGUGUGGCACAUCUAAUUAAAAUCAAAGUCAAAGGAAACCUGUUAAAGGGGAAAUUUCAGGUGCCAAGGAAGGACAAAGACUUUUCCUUUUGAUCCCUUAUCUGAAACAUUUCCUUUACACUCUAUAAAGCACAUUUGGAUUCUGAAACUAAUCGGCAGUCAGUGCCAGGGGUGCCAAUUUGAAUAAAAUAUUGGGGAAGCCCAAGUAAGCCCCACCAUGCAUAAUCGAUCACAUGAUGCAGUGCACACGCACCAUGUGAAUGGCAAUGCCCAUCAACUUUGGGGUGGCCUGGCCCCCCUCAAUUUUUUUUUUUUUGGGGGGGGAGUCCCCUUGGCCCCUAGGAGUUGGCUCCUGUGGUCAGUGCAGUUGGGCCAGGAUCAGUGUUGUUUGCUCAAACCAUCUUGCCCCGGUGAGCAACCUAGCCGCUGAAUUCUGCACCAGCUGAAGUUUCCAAACUGUCUUCAGAGGCAGCCACACACAGAACACAUUGCAGUAAUUAACCUAGAGCUUACCAGAGCCUUGGCAGCAGAAGUUAGGCCACCCCUGUCCAGAUAGGGGUGCAGCUGGGCUGCCAGCCAAAUGGAAAGAACUCCACACCCUUGAGACCAGCUGAGCCUCAAGUGACAGUAAUGGAUCCCCAAUUUGUGUACCCACUCCUUCAGAGGGAAUAUAACCACAUCAAGAUCAGGCCACCUCCCAUCCAUCUGGCCUAAGGAACCACCCACUAAUAGUCCCUCUGUCUUAUUUGGAUUGAGCUUCAGUUGAUUGGCUCUCAUCCAGUCCAUUGCAAUGGUCCAGUGCUACACUUGCAGAUGUAAAGGAGAAGCAGAGCUGUGUGUCAUCAGCAUAUUUCUGACAAUGUACUCUAAAACUCUGGAUGGCCCAACUCAGCAGUUUCAUGUAUAUGCUAAGCAGCAUGGGGGAUAAAAUUGAACCAUGAGGAACCCCGCAUGGAAGCCUCCAUAGGGUGGAAUGAUGCUCCCCAAACAUCACCCUUUGAAAACAACCAUCCGAGUAGGACUGGAGCCACAGCAAGGCAGUGCUACCCACCUGCAACUCAGACAGCCUCUUCAGAAAGAUGCCAUGGUCAAAUGGGGUCAAAAGCCACUGAACAUCACACAAAAGUGCUGAUUAACUUCCAUGAGGACUUGUUUUUUAAAAUAAUAUUAAUAUUAAUAUUAGUAAUAUAAGAUAAAAUUGCAAACUGAUAUGGAAAGAACUGAUAUGUGAAGAACUAAUGAGUGGGGGGGGGACACGAAUCUGAAAUUGACAGAUCCUCCCAUCCCUAAUUGUUCCUGCUGCAGCCCCCCUCCCCCCCCAAAAAGUGAGUAAUUUUGACUCAGGUCUAAGAACAGACAAUGGCAAGGGAGGUUCAGUCUGAAGGUUACCCAUCCAGUUAAACAGACCAUCUUUAUGGUCCUAGAAUUUCCAUGGAUAAUCCUAUCUAGAGAUGUGAGCAAAAUCUGAAUUAUUUAGGUACCUACAAAAUGUUACAUAAUUUGUCAUUUCAGGUCCUCAACAAAGUGAAUGCACAUAGAGUGAAAUUCUAUGAGGAUUUGCAGGAUUAUGAUGCCCUGGACCAUAUUAUUUAAAGUUAUUUUUAACCCCCUUUUAGGCAAUAAUAAAUCUUGCUAUGUUAGCUUCACUUUACACAAGUAAUCUCCAUUCUGCAUACACCCCUAUCAUUUGUGUACAAUAAGCCUGCAACUUACGUGCAUUUAACUUAUGCACAUUCAGCUUUAUAAGCAUGACUUAAAAAAAAAAAAGAGGAGUGGGAAAGGGGUGGGGUUCCAGGAAAAAUGUCUGGCAUUUCCAUCCACCACUGAACCCAAUGGAUUUUGACUUUACAUGCUUUUGGCUUUAGGUGCAAUCCCCAGAACGUAACACCCGUAUCAGUUGCAGGCCUACUGUAUAUUAAAAUGAUGUAAAAUUACAUAAAUCAAAAGAUGCCAUCAGUUAUGUGGCCCAAAUUCAUGAUGCAAGACGCACGUGAAAGUUUCUGCGAACACUUAUGAAAUCCUACAAAAAAGCAUCAAAUCAUGAAAGGCAAGGUGCUGCAAAGCAGAGUGUGCUCAAUAAUUUGCAAAAAAAAAAGCAAAGAGAGAUGAAACCCAUUAUACCACGAGUCCUGCAAUUUCUGAAGUCCCUUUAGCCAGCUUCAUAUUAAGUUGAUCUGAAGUUGCAGAGCGAAUCUCAGGCUGCUGAUCUCGAGGCUCUAAGUGUGAGGUGACAGCUGUGCGCAUCCCGCAAGAUGCUCUCAUUUGGUGCAGGAGGCUUUGCGUUCCGCGUGGAGACACCAGAUGCUCGGAAAUGGAGACUUGUCGGUCCCUCUUAAUCUGGUCGGCUGAAUAGUACGAUUUGUUGUGUUCGUCUUCUUAAAUUUAAAGAGAACUGUGCUUAUUUAGGACAUGUAUUUUUUGCUGUUUUGAAACGGGCGGAGGGGAACAUGCACCCCAAGGGCCAAACGCAACCCUCCAACCUUCUCUCCUUGGCCUCUGGGAUUCUCUCUAAGGCUACACCUCUUGGCCCAGGCCAUACCCAAUAAGCCUUGCAUUGCACCCCCGCUAAGUGCUUUUUCCUGGCUGGAAAGUGUCCAUGGAAGAUAGAAGUCUGUGUGUGUGUGUGUGUGUGUGUGUGUGUGUAAAUCUCUGGCUUCCAGUAGCUGAAAUCUGGCUUGCUGUGUAACAGCAAAAGUUGCAUUGAUUGCUCUGCCUACUUUUGACUCUGGGUCCACUCUCUUUGUUGCCUAUGGCCCCACCUACUACAGUGGUACCUUGGGUUAAGAACUUAAUUCGUUCUGGAGGUCUGUUCUUAACUUGAAACUGUUCUUAACCUGAAGCACCACUUUAGCUAAUGGGGCCUCCUGCUGCCGCUGCACCGCCGCUGGACGAUUUCUGUUCUCAUCCUGAAGCAAAGUUCUUAACACGAGGUAAUAUUUCUGGGUUAGCGGAGUCUGUAACCUGAAGUGUAUGUAACCCGAGGUACCACUGUAUAGGCCUUUGGCCCCCAGAAGCUUGCUUGUGAAGCUGAGAAAAGCUGCCUCACCUCUCUGUUAGGAUAUUUAUCUUUUAACAUGUGAAAUGAUGGAAUGAUUCUUUAUUUUUUCUUAUUGUAACGUCUCAGAGAUAAAAGGGUUUUCUGAGCAGUAUGGCAUAGUAGAACAUUAGCUUUGGGCUGUGAUAGGUAUGCUGGUAACUGGGAAGAGUAGGGCAGCUUCUUCCAACCUCGUAACCCCCAGGGCUCCCUCAGGCCCAGGCAACAUGGCCAAGGGAUAUGGAUUGUGGGAGUUGAAGUCCAACAACAUACAGAUAGCACCAGGUUAGGAAAUUCUGCAGCAGGGUGUCUGAGAAAGGCACCGAUACCAGAGGAGGGGUAGUCAAGAAACUGAGCAUCCUUAUUCAAUUUCUGCAAGGGUAACUGGGGCAAGAGGCAAAGCUCACAUGGAAUGCAGCAACAUCUCCAUUUCUGUUUGCACAAUCUGCCAGCCUGGACCUGCCAGGAGUCAACACUUUGCCUUAGGGAGAGGGAGAGGAGAGGGGAGGAAUUUGAUGCAUUUUCCACUCAAAGCCAAGUCACACUUCCUGAAACAAAAUGAGAACUGAAACACAGCCAUCCUUCAAAAUCUGCACAUAUCUGAAUUUUUCAAUGCAGUUAUUCAACCGAAGAAGGCUUUUAAAGAUGCAGCUAUAUUAGGGGGAAACGUGCAUAAAAAUCAAUCUAUUAGUGAAAACAACAUACAAAAACGCAUUAUAUAAUGAGGACAUUUACUGCAGAAAUGUAUAGAUUAUUCAAACUACACAGAAAAAGGUUUAUUAAGAGCAAUUUGAUGCUGAAUAAUUUUAACAAGCAUUAUUUAAAAAGAAAUUUGUAAUUUGUUGAAGAAAUGCAGAUGAAUUUCAUUGUUAAGCAUGAGAUAAGUUGUUGAUCCAGCAAGCUCCAACCCUCCUACCUCUUUCUUUGAAGAGUGAGGCAGGCACAAGCCUUAGUAUAGCCAUUGAGAGGUAUCUCUUUUCUAGGCAAGCAAACAGGCACUUCCACCAAUGAGUUGGGCAUGUGUAAGGUUUGCUCCUGUUGGCACUGGUGUCUUUAUGUCCUUGUCAAUGGAAGUGCCUGCUCAGCAUCAAACUUACUUUCAAGCACUUCUCACAAGCUUCCUGCUGGGGCAUCAGAUUGGCCACUCUGAAAACAGGAUGCUGGACUACCUGCCCCCCACUUCUGCUCAGGUCCUGCUUUUGAACUUGGGGGAUCUGGCUGGCCACUGUGAGAGAAGGAUGUUGGUCUAGGUUGGCACCCUUUGGUCUCAUCCAGCUGCAGGACCAAUCUUAGGGUCUCAAGGUGGAAAUACAGCCAGACAUAUGCAGUGGAAGCUAGAGCUGAACACAUGUUUCCGUCACCUUCCUUUUCCUGGACUAAAGGGGCUGAAGGAUAGCAGUCCAUGGCGACUAAUUGGAGAGGGUUGGUAGAAUAGAUGCAGGUGCAGGUUUGUACAUUUCAUUUCUCAAAAAACCAAAACAAAACCCCAAGACUGGGUGCAUAGCUUGCCUCCCCUGUCAUGUUGUGACCACCUGGUGUGCUAAUGGCAUCACCUGCAAGCUCAUUCAGGAAUAUAACUUUAUUCAGUUGUGUGUGUGUGCUUUACAGUGUGUGAGGGAACUAAUGAACAUACCCCUGUGUUGUCAGAGAAGAAGGAUGUCCUGCGGUUUUUGGAACCUAUUUGUGGAUUUCUUGCAAAACCUGGGCUGCUCACAGCAAAUGAUCUGCUUAAGAUCUGCUGCCUUGGAAUGGCGGAGAGAGGGGAGGGGAGAAUCAGGUCAGGAGUGAUCUCUUGGUGUCCUGGUAUGAUUAUUGCUAUUAAUAAGAGCAGCAGGGAGUCAUCUGUUUCUCGCACACACCCGUUGGGCAAAGGGAAAAAUAAUGGUCAGGCCUGGGAAAACCGUCUGCCUAGGCUGAUUAGGCUUGGUAGAAGCCAGCACAGGUGUUGCUGCUAAUUGACAUAAUCAGUCCUGAAAUGUGCUGAAAUCAGGUGCUGGCUAGAGGAGAGUGGAACAGAAGUGAAGGUGGGAUCACAGAAAGGAUUGUCCCUUGAGAGGAAACCCUAGCCAAGGAAUGGAGAACAUCUGUGGCCCCCCAGAUGUUGUCAUGCUCCAAGUCCCAUCAGCCAGCACAGCCAGUAGUUAGUAAUGGUUGUUGUUGUUUAUUGAAUUUAUCGUGAGUGUUGUGGUUCAGGAAUAUCUGGAUGGUUGAAGAGUUUCCCACCCCAGCUCUAGAUAAUGGACUCCCAAGUCCCAUUGGUCCCAGCCAGCAUAGUCAUUGGUCAGUGAUGAUUGGGAGUUGGAGUCAAAUAUCUGGAUGCAAGUGCCUCAUUUUGUGAAAUGUCCUGAGACCUCUGGGUAUAGCGGGGAGGGGGCCCAAAGGGUCAUCUAGCAAAAAAAAAAAAAUAAUUCCCUGUGAUGCAGGAAUCACACCUGAGGAAUCCCUGACAGAUAGCCAUACAACCUCUGUUUCAAAACCACCAGUGAAGGAGAGAACACCAAGGGGGUCCAUUCCACUGUCAAACAGCUCUUCCCAUCAGAAAGCUCUUCCUAAUAUUUAGCCGGAAUUUCCUUUCUUGUAAUUUGAAUCCAUUGGUUCAAGGCUUCUCCUCUGGAGGAGCUGAAUACAAGCUGGUCAGUUUCAUGGCUUAAAGGUGACUGCUAAUGACACCCAGGACUGUUGAGCAGGAGUCCCUGGAAGAACUUUUGGGUUGGAGAACUGUAUCAAAAAUUCAGAGAAACGUGAAUUUUGAAGGAGAGCUGUGCUUUGGUUCACUUAGUUUUUGAAGUGUGCCUUAGAUCUGUUUGCAGUAAAUUGCAACCUGUACAAAUUUAUCCUCCACCCCUAGGCUGAGUGUGUUGGAAUUUGGUGUGUGUGUGUGUGUGUGUGUGUGUGUGUGUGUGUGUAGUAGCAGAGUGCAAAAACAGUCUUGUUGAAAAAAUGUAGAAACACAAUGUUUACUGCUCCUGGCAGGCAGAGCUGUUCUGCGUAUGAACGUAUGUUUAGCCAUGACAGAGUCUCAAAGUUAAGAAAAAGGAAGCUCUAGCACUUAAAGUUCUGAAGAACAAGAAAGAAGUAAAGCCUGAGGUGGUGAUGGGGGGAGCUGUAAGCAUUGCAGGUUUACUCCAAAUGGAAUCUGCAUCCCCAAGGCUUAACUCUGUGGGGGAGUGUUGACACAUGGCUCUUGGAAGUCACCUCCAUGGCACUCCCUUAAACUGUUGUGUGUAUUAAAAGUGACUAGCGAAAGCUUGUUCGUUUGCUCUUGCCCAUCAAUACUUAAGCAGCAGAAAAGAAGAAGAAAAAAGAGGAGAGGAAGACAAACUCCUUUUUCCAUGCCGGUUAGAAAAGCCUAUUGAUUCUUCUAGUUUUAAGAGGCUGCAUUCUGCACUGAUUGAAACCUCCAUCAGAGGCUUAAGAUAGCUCUUUUCAUGCUUGAGUUAGCUGUAAAAGAGCGGGUCUUUUAUUGACUGGUCAACUGACUCAUUUUCCCCUUGAUUUACCUCCAGGUAGGCACUUUUUCUCCCGAGGAUCUAUAUGUCGAGGUCUUUGCCGCAUGACAGGGUGCCCAGUGGGGCUUGACCAUGUCAGCUGAGAGAAGGGGCCAUUGCAUUGCUUCGUGACCCCCCAUCCUCAAGUUGUGGGAAAUCGGGCGGAGGGAGCCUUGACAGGUUCACCUUGCUAUGGGAGAGGAAAGCGCCGGAAAGGCACCUGCUUAUUUGCAAACUAGCAAAUUUCACCGGCAUGCUCGCACCUCUGAAGAGAAAAGUCAAUUCCUCUUUUGCAAGAGCAGCUUCACCCACUCUUGAGCUGAAAUGCUGAUUUAUGUUAAUAGACCCCAUGAGCGUGUAUGUGAAAUUAAGAGGUUUUUGCUCCAACAUGCAUCACUUUGCAAGUGAUUUAAUCGAACCAUUUAUUUCUGCAUUGCAGUGCGGUAGAUUAGAUGGUCUUUUGGGUCCCACCCAAUGCUAUAAUUCUUUGAUCUGCUACCUGUUAACAAUUCAAUAUGGAUAAAAUAAUUUCUUCAUGCAACAACAUAGUUAAAAUGUGGAACUCACGGCCACAGGAAGCAGGGAUGGCCACCAGUUUGCAUGGCUCAGGCAAAUUCAUGGAGGAGAGGACCACUGAUGGCUGCUUUCAUGAUGGCUGUGCUCUGGCUCCACAGUUGGACGCAGUGAUGCUUCUCUAUGCCAGUUGAUGGAAACCAUUGGAGGGGAGAGGGCUCUUGUGCUCAAGCCCUGCUUGCUGGUUUUUCACAGGCAUUGUGAGAACAGGAUGGUGGACUAGAUGAAUCAAGAGUCCAACUCUUCAUCCUUUAUUUGAACCACGAGCACUGGAAUAUUUUUCAUUACAUACAUACACACACACACACACACACACAUAUAUAUAUAUAAUAGUCAAAAUAAUUUACAACAAAAUAAAAACAGAGCCAGCUGGUGACUUGCUGUUAUAGAGCAAUAGUACAUGGUUGGCUAUAGCAUCAGAAUAUGAAGAGGUUUAAUCUAAAGUCAGACUAGAAAGUAGAAUUAUUGUUUGCACAGGAACAGUGAGGGCUAUUAAUAGUGUAUAUCAGUCCCAAAUAAAGUUGAAUAUUAAUAUACACCCACUGUGUGAUGGUGUAGUCCAUUGGCUUGGUUGUGAGUCAUGAAACAUGCAUCAAAUUAGUCAACUUUUCUGAAAUUGCAAUAUGCAGGACCUUCUGAAACCAAAUGAGAAUGGAAAAAAUCUGACAGAUUUCUCCAUCCUGGGGCAAUUCUCAACCUAGCCAUAUCCAACAAAUAUACAAUGAGGACUAGAAUCUUAAUUUAUUUUUAGAUGAAAGAUAAUAGCUCAGUGGUGGAGCACAUUCUUUGCAUGCAGAAGGCAUCUGGUAUCUCCAGGUAGGACUGGGGAAUGACCUCUCUAGCUGAAAAGCUGGAGAGCUCCUGGCUGUCCGGAUGAAGAAUACUAACAGUCUGACUCAGUGUAAGGCAGUUUCCUCGUGCUCCUAUGCAAGUUCAGCAUUGCAGGGAAUGGUUGUUCAGCACCCCCUUAUAUGACCAAGGAACUUCUAACGGAGCUUCUCUAUAAAAUAGCUUGAAAAUGACUUGUCUAAAGCAAGUAAAAUGUAGGAAAAGAGCCUGGGUGAAGAAGGAAGAGAGGCCUGGAGAGACUCUUUUGAACACACAAUGAAUUUGUUCAAACAUUGCAAAGCUCAGAGGUCCCUGAAGCACCUGCUCUUUCAAUUGUAACCUUUCUGAUUAUUUUGACAUCUUCUGUUAGAGUCAAUUACACUCUUCUGGAGGCAAUCGGAGACCUGGACUCUGCUCUGGCGGAGAUGAACUUUUACUCUCUCAUUCGGAGCUUGGUUAAUAUGUUUUGGGCAUCCAAGAACGGGAAAGGAGAAUAGGAGGAAGGGAGUUUGGGCAGGAAGAUGGGAAGGGUCCAUAAAGACGUACCAUUAAUCUCCCCAGGUACAUAGUUUGCAAGGGCUGACAGCUGCCUCUGGAACCCAAAUGAUCUUAGGUUUAUUGAACCUCACAUUGAAUAGUGAGAUUUGUUAAGCUCUCUCCCCAUCUCCUGCUAAAGAAUUUUGUUUUUGCACUUCUGCAGAAAAGUGAGGAUGGAUGUCUUUCAGUUUACGCCUUGUUUCAGAAGGUACAAAUUAGGAACGUUUGCUUUUAAAUGCAGAAUGAAUCAAAUUUCUUCUGUAUCCCUAACCGGUGAGCAGUGGAUCUUUUAAAGAGAGGUUGUGCUCCAUGUAAAACAUCAGGAUGAAAGCUUUGGAGUUCGCAUCAGUUUAUUGUGGGGAAAAGACCAAAAUACAGUUUUCCUAACCCAACACUUUUGCAAGAGAGGCCCUUGAGGGAACUGAGGUUUUCUUUGUUUUUAAUUAGGAAAUUCUGCUUCCUGCAGUUGCAACAUCAGAUUUUAUGGCCACAGCUCAGCGAAAAACUCGGUCCCAAAUCAAUUUUCAUCAGAAAUUAAUCAUGCCAGUGGUGAUCGUGCCCCUCUCCCCUCCAAUAUCAAUGCAGGCUUCAAAGUCAAUGGAGCUGAGAUGCCCUGAAGGGUAGGAAAGGGAGCUAUGCUUAAAAAUGCUCAGGGUUUUGAUUUUCAGGUGGAAAUUAACCAUUUCAUUGAUCUGGAUAUCUUUCCUGGAAAAACAACUACACUAGAUGGUGUGAAUAUUUGCUUUUAUUUCAACCUAUUCUUUUAUCCCUGACCCAGACCCAACCAUUCCAGAUUCAGACCAGUCUUUUUGGGGUGUUAUCAAAAACUGGCCAUUCCACAUGGGAUGCAGAUUUCAAAGGGGUUUAAAGAAAUGCAUGGAGGAUCAGCAUACCAAUGGCUGCUAACUAUAACUCUGAAUACUUGCUGCUGAGGAUCAUAAGUGUUGAGUCUGCUGUUGCCCCCUCAUGCUCUGUUUGGGGGCUUCCUAGAGGCAUCUGGUCAGUCACUGUGAGUUAUUAAAGGUUCAGAAAAGAGCAGCCAUUAUGGUCAAGAGGAUGGAGUGGUUUCCCUAUGAGGAACACUUGCAGCAUUUUAGUUUAGAGAAAAGACAAGCAAUAGCUGAUGUGAUAGAAGUUUACAAAAUGAGGCACGGUAUGGAGAAAGUGGAUAAAGAAAAGCAUUUCUCCCUCUCCUCGUGGACAUCCAAUGAAGCUGAAUGUUGUGUGAUUCAGGACACAUAAAAGAAAGUCCUUCUUCACACAGCACAUUGUUAAACUGUGCAACUCUGUCCCGUGAGAGCUAGUGAUGGCCACCAACGUUGAUGGCUUUGGAAGAGGAUCACACAGAUUCAUGGAGGAUAACAGUGGCUACUGGCCAUGAUGGCUAUGCUCUGCCUCCAUGAUUAGAGGCAGUAAUGCUUCUCAAUACCAGUUGCUGGAAACCACAGGAGGAGUGAGUUGUUCUUUGCUCAGUUCCUGCUUGCUGGUUUCCACAAACAUUUGGUUGGCCACUGUGAGAACCAGAUGCUGGACUAGAUGGGCCAUCCUUGGUCUGACCCAGCAGGGCUCUCCUUAUGUUCCUAUUAGCAUAUACACAUCUUUAUCAACAAGUGUGGAUUAUAUUGGUUUUCGUGAAAACAUGGUCCAAAUAUGGACCAAAUCCCCCUCUUUCUCUCUGUUUCCUGCAUGUUGAUCGGUAAGGAAGAUGGAGCAAGCUUGUUUUCUGCAGCCCCAGAGGGUAGGAUCUAAACCAGGGUUUCCCAAACUUGGGUCUGUGGCUGUUUUUGGACUGCAGUUCCCAUUGUCCAUGACCACUGGUCCUGCUAGCUAGGGAUGAUGGGAGGUAGUCCAAAAAAAAAGAAAAGAAAAAAGCUAGAGACCCAAGUUUGGGAAACCCUGAUCGAAAUCAAUGUAUUCAGUUGACAAGAGAGAUGUUCUGGCUAAAUAUUAAGAAGAACUUUCGGAUAGUAAGAAAAGUUCAGCACUGGAACAGAUUCGCUCAGAAGGUGCUGGACUCUCUUUCAUUGGAGGUUUUUCAACAGAGUUUGGAUGGCUCUCACUUCUGGAUUUUGUAGCUGUGAUUCCUGCAUUGCAGGGGAUUGGAUGAAAUGGUCCUUGGGGCCCCUUCCAACUCUACAAUUCUAUGAUUCUGUAAUAAUUCAUCUCCCAUCCCAUUCCCUUCAUACAUCACUCUCACUCUCUUUCUUAUAAACUGCCACUGUAAAUAUGUCAUGAUAUAGCAUAAACCGCUGGAGAUUGUUUCCAGGUUUUUUUGUUUUUUUUUAUAAAAGUACAAUUGCUCACUGUUGCAUGGGAAGUCUUUAACUCUUGAAUGAAUCCUUUAGCCCCCACAUCCUGCCAUCACCCUAGAAAAUUGCAUGAGCUCCAUCAGGUUUGACAGGUAGAUGGAGAGUGUUUAUCUUCUCCCUCUGUGAUUAUCAGGGCAAUGUUGACGGCACUUCCUCUAAUCCAAGUCUGUGUGGACCUCAGUUUAGCAGUUUCAUCCUUGUGGUGUACUGGUGAUGAUACACUUUGCUCUGUGUAAUUUCCUGAGGCAAUUGGCUGCCUGGGUAAUUAACAUGCAAUUAAGCACUCUCUCCCAUUACUAAGCCCCUCAGAAUUAGUUACUUAAUUAUCCCUCUUUCCACCAGCUCACACCAUUAACCUCAAUUGUCCAAACCAGUAAUGGGUGACUUCUGUAUUCUUGGAGGAUGUCCCAUUCUCCAUUCCAUCAUCUGUGGGCCUUUGGGAUAUUGCCAGGGUGGGAUUAUGGGGCAUGGGCCAGGAAUAAUUUUUUAAGUGUUUCUGGGUGGGGAAAGAGUUUGGGGAAAGUUGAAUUGGGAGGGUUAUCUGGGUUACUGAACAGGGUACUAAUUUGAGAGAUUAAAUUAAUUUAAAACGGCUUUAUCUGGGGAUGAUUUGGGAGUAAUGGGAUUAAAUUAAUUUGGGCCAGGUUCUGUUGGGAAAUUAAUUAAAGCUAAAUGGUUUGAAUAGGAUUGAUUUAGGGUGAUCCUGGGUGGGGUGCAAAUAAUGACAAGUUUAUCUGGCAUAAUUUGUAUGGGGAAUUAUCUGGCAUUCAUUCUACAACAUUUAUUUUUGCAAGUUCUACACAUUGUGGACCUACAUUGGUCAUACCCAUGAAUUUCUUUCUCCCCCCCCCAAUACAUUUUUAUUAAAUUUCCACUUUAAACAACAAACAAUAAAUUUCCACAUUCAUCUAUACAACUUCUUUUCCACCACUCUGCCGAGCAAAGUCAUACCCAUGAAUUUCUGUUCUGAGUAGGAGCAGAAUUACCAAUUCAAGUCUUAAGUGGACGAGCCCAUAGCCUAAAUCUUUUAAAUACCUAGCAACACCACUAGCUGUGAGCCAAGUGAUCUGUUUUGUUGUGUAGUUACAAGGGCCUGCCCUGUUCUGCUCCCAUGGUAGAGGCUGCAGAACAAGGCAGGUUAGUUGGUUCAGCACCACGGAGAGCUCCAAGUGAGCAACUUGCUCCCAACAAUAGUUGGAGGUGAUUUGGGUGGUUUCUGCAGAAAUGCCAACAUCACGGCAUAAGCCUGUUGUUUGGAGCCAAUGAUGUUUUACUCAAAGUAGUCCAAUUGAAGUGAAUUUCUUUUUCUUUAGUCAUGCUGCUUGAUUUCAGUGAACCUGCUCUAAGUAAGAGUAAUGUUGGAUACAACUCCAGAUGACUCCAUCCAGGUUCUGACUGCCUUAUGGAUGCCGCACAAUUCCUUAAUGCUGAUAAGAAGUAAAUUGACUUCAUCUUCCUCCUCCCCCACCAAGGGGAUGUAGUGGCUCCCCUAUGAAGAAAGGUUACAUCAUUUGGGACUUUUUAAUUUAGAAAAAUGACACUCAAGAGAAACAAGUUAGAGCCCACAGAAUAGCUGUCGGUAGAGCAUGAGACUCUUAAUCUCAAGUUCAUGGGUUUGAGUCCCACAUUGUAGGGGGUUGGACUAAAUGACCCUCAUGGUCUCUUCUGAUUUUACAAUAGUUCUGAGUUUAUAAAAUGAUGCAUGGCAUGAAGAAAGUAGAUAGAAUAAAGUUUUUCUCUCUUUCUCAUAACUUUAUAACUCAUUGACAUGCAAUAAAACUGAAUUCAGGACACAUAAAAGGAAGUACUUCUAGACACAGUGCAUAGUUAAAUUAUGGAACUCACUCCCACAGGAAGCAGUGAUGGCCACCAAUCCAGAUAUUUUUCAAAGCAGAUUGGACAAAUUCAUGGAGGACUCAACUAUUGAUGACUACUAGCCAUGACGGCUGUGCUCUGCCUUGAUUGUCAAAGGCAAUAAUACUUCUGAAUCCCAGUUGCUGGAAUCUACAGGAGGGGAGAUGGUUCUUGGGUUCAGUUCCUAUUUGUGGGUUUCCCAUUGAGGCAUCUGUUUAACUAUUGUGGCAAUAGAAUGCUGGAGUAGAUGGGCUGUUGGCCUGAUCAAGCAGAUCCUUCUUAAAAUAAAAAUUUUAAAUACCAGGAUUUGUUGCUUCUGCUAGCAACUCAGAGUGGAAGCUAAAACUAUCUGAACUAUCCUGUCUGAAGGCCCAUGCAGUAUAUGUAUCUGAUUGCUUAUGCAAUAAUGCUUGCUGAUGUAUCAUUCUUUAGCCUGUAGAUGUCUCAGCUCAAGAGGGCGACAUAUGGAAGAACGUAAUGCCAUUUCCAACUCAGUGGUUGAAGCUUUGCCUUGUUGAAACUCAUUCUGACAGAUUUUGAUUCAGGAAAAAAAAAGAUUAAAGAAACAGAGCUGAGCUUUUAAGGACAGAAACAUCACUGUGGCAUGAAAUUAUGAAGGUGUAUUCUAAAGAAGUGUUUCUCAAUCUGGUGCCAUCCAAAUGUUUCAACAGUACAAGCAGAUAUUGCCAAUGGUCAGGGAUAAUGGGAUUUGUCAUUCAUAAAAUCCAGAGGGCACAGAGUUGGGGGAGGCUGCAGGAAAAACACAUUCCAUGAGAUAAGAUAAUAGUGGGCACAUUUCCAAGUGGACAUCUCUUACAGGCAGUGGUGGGAAUUCCAAUUGUGGUUGUGGUGGAGAUACAAUAAAGUCCACAGCUGCUACACCAUCAGUGUAUACUCCCUUAGAUGGAAGACAUCUCUAAAAAAAAAUGUAGACUCCCCCCCCCCCAAACUCUAGAAGCAAAAGCAAUUAAUUACUAAUUCAAUUCUAAGUGAGGGGUGUCCAGUAGUUGGUAAUAAAAAUAAUGUAUAAAUUGGUCUUUCUUUUAAAAAAAUGCAUUUGUACAUCAGGGUUUGGGGGUGCGAUUUUUUUUGGAGGAAUUUAGUCCUUGUGAGUUCUGGUACAAACUAAUCCAAUCUACACUUCCUGGAACAAUUACCAAGCCAAUUCUGAGUGAGCGAUGUUCUGUCUUUGCUCAUAAAAAUACUGCAUACCAUUUUCUUUCUUUUUUCAUUUUCAUUUUUGAAAAUAUAUUUGUACAUAGAACUUUGUGAGGAAUCCAUCCAUUGUUCAUUCUGCUGCGGGCUGAUCUGAGAGAGAGAGAGAUUAGAAUGUGUUUUAAAAUGUGUAUUUAAAUGCAGGUCAGCUUGCGACUGAACUUUGCAAUUUAAAUCCACAUUUGGUGUUGGUUUUUGUUUUUUUUAAAUGCAGAUGAAUGAAGAAAUGAGAUGAAAUGGUCAUAAGAAGGCAUGCUUGCAAAAGUGACAUCAAGUGGAAAGAAUUUGCUUUGUCUAUCCCUGUUUCAUAUUGGUGGAGACACUGAUGACUCAAGAUUAUGGAUGGGAGAGUAAUUCAUUUAGUUUAUAGGGAAGACAGAGGUGACCAUCUUCAGACUGGACUAGAUGACCCUUGGGAUCCCUUCCAACUCUACAGUUCUAUGAUUCCAUUAAUGCAGACCUACCAAUUUGCACUUCCUUGACAGAGUAAAACACAGCUGUCUUUUCAAGUGUGUCCUCCUCCAAAUGUUGUAAUGCAGUCAUAUAACCAAAAAUUCAUAUGUUACAGGAAAGCGUCAUGUGUACACAGCCCUAGAGAGGGUGUUGGGCAUCUCUUCUAAAACAAGUGCCCACCCUAGUUAUUGGCCAUGCUGGCUGAGGGCUGAUGAGAGUUGUAGUCCAAAAUGCCCAUGAUGGCUGCAGAUGAUGGGAGUCAUAGUCCAAAACAUCUGAAAGGCACUAGCUUUGGGAAGGCUGCUGUAAGGUUCCUUCCCCCUCCCUUCAGCUAAUGACCAUCUGAAUAGCCCCAACUCAAGAAGGCUAUUUUUCAUCUGGACUUCACAUCAUGGUUUUUAGUAGGGAUGAUUUUUUCUGGAACUCCAAAAGUGUCAGAGGACUUGAAAUAACCAUUUUUUCCCCUUCCUCAUUCUUAGUGGAUUCGCCUGCACAAAAUCCCUCCCUUGGCUGGGAUACUAAAUUGUGAGUUUGAUGGUCCUUUUUAAGAGGGGAAAGAAAUGCCUUGUAAAAGUUGCUCCGAAGUCUCCAUUACUUUUAUCACCCUUGUCAAUUUGAUGCAGGAAUCCUCUUUUUUUUGCGCACGGGGGGAGGGGGGAUGAAGCAGGACAGAGUUCAUAACUCUUGUACAAAUAGGAGUAAGUAAAAGAUGUAUGAUUCACUCCAUGUAGAGUCGUAGAAUUGUAGAGUUAGAUGCGACCCCAAGGACCAUCAAGUCCAACCCUUGAUUACUUGUGAACCUCCCUAUAUCUAGUGUGUGUGUUUGUGUGUGUGUGUGUUGUUUUGUUUUGUUUUGCCUCUGGCAAGUGGUAGGUCAGGGAAUAAGGUGGAAGGUGGUGAUAGUAAGAAGGUUUGGCUUUGGUGUCAAAUGAAGAAGGGAGAUUCCAACUCAGCGUUAGGAAGAACUUUCUGAUGGUACGAUCUGUUCAACACUGGAACGGACUCCCUCUAAAGGUGGUGGAUGCUAAUUUUGUUGGACGGUUUUCAGCAGAGAUUGGAUGGCCAUCUGCCAGGGAUUCUGUAGCUGUGAUUCCUGCAUUGCAGGGGGUUGGACUAGAUGACCCUCGGGGUUCCUUCCAACGCCACACUUCUAUGAUUCAAUGAUGUUGUUUAAAACAUCAGGGGGGUGGUGGGGAGAACCCUGCUCUUGCACUCAGGUCCUGCUGAGUGUUUCCCACAAAUAUCUGCUUGGAUACUGUGAAAAGAGGAUGCUGGACAAGACAGGCCAUUGGCCUGACCCAGCAGGCUCUUAUUAUGGCCUUCUGUUAGCCUUUCUUCUUCUUCUUCAAAAUGCAAAAUGGGAAAAUUAGAGAUUUCCCUAUAGACUUCAGGAUAUUCACACCAUUCUAUAUGUUGUUGUGCAACCCAAACCCUGCCAUGUUUCUGUUCAUUUGUAUACAUGCAGGUCCUGCUAUCUGCCCACUCACUAUGCUGUGCAAAAAUUCACUUAUCCAAACAUAAAGAAUUAUACCUCAUUAUACACACCACAGAUUUGGUUAUUUGAAAAGCCAGUGUUUGUCCUCUUCUUUACUUCCUUACUUGUGUGUGCUUUGCUGGUUGGUGGCAGUCAUUCAUGGAAGGGAGUGGGGAAAGACAUUGGAGAAAUCCAAGAACAGGAGAGAUUGGACAAAUCAGUUUUACCUUUGUCUCACUUUUUCUGGUUGGCUGCAGCUGUUUCAGGUAGAAACCACUGGUGGUGGUGGGAAGAAACAUUUAAAAAAUAAUGGAUUAGAAAUGUUGCCAUAGAAAUCAAUGGAAAUCAUUGACUUUAUGUGAAUGCUUGCCUAAUGAACCAUUUCCAGGGAGCACAUUGUGUUUGGUAAGUAAGACCUGCAUGUAUUCAAUGAAGGGAAACCAAAUGCCCUCAAAUGGGUCUUUUUCCUAUUGUCCAUGAUCACCUGUCACUUGUGGGAGAAGAUCUCCAGCAAGGCUAUAUGUCAAAUUUUAACCUACUGAUGAUUCAGAUAUGUAGAUGUGAAAUUCUUCCAAAAUCUUGCUGUUGCCAACCAGGCCACAAUAAGAAGCUGGAAAAGUUCCUUGUUCUUUAAAUCCCAUUUGGACCAUCAAACAGAUUCAAUAGUACCAAGCAUUAGUAACAUGAUGAACUUUCUGACAGUUAGAACUUAUUUGACAGGGAACAGACUCCCUUGGAAGGUCUUGGGCUCUCCUUUGUUGGAAGUUUUUAAGAAGAGGUUGGAUUGCCAUAUAUCAGGGACUAUUUAGCUGUGAUUCCUGCACUGCAUGACUAUGUGGCCAUUGGGAUUCCUUCUAACUUUGCAAUUCUAUGACUCUUAUAAGCUAGAGGUUACACGAUUUAAGAGAUUCCUAUGAAUACUCUCUCCCAAAAGCGCUGGACCCCUAGACAAUCCCACCCCAUGUGUUGAUAUGUGCCCAGCUGAUGGCACUAUCAAACACGUGGGGGAAUUGCCACACUUCAAGGGCAAACUCCAGUUGAUCAAAGCAUCUUAGGAGGGCACAGAGGAAGGGCAUAGUCUUGGGAGGCAGGGUGUGGCUUGCAGAGGUUUCUGAGGGCCAGAUAAAAAUGCCUGGAGGGCCAUACUAAGCCCCUGGGCCUGACCCCUGUGCUACAGUGUCAGGUUGUUAAGUAGUGAAGCUCAGGGGACAUAUGGAGGGAUGCUUUAUUAUGAUGCCAGGGUCAUAACUGAGAGUGACAGUGAAUCAUUAGAGUUUGACUAAUACUUCUCCACAGUGGGCAUGGAGACCAUUUAAUGCUGCCGGCUUAGACCAGCCCCUAAUAGAUUGAUGCCUGGUUCUGCCUCCAUCGCUCUGAAGGUCCCUGGACAGCGAAUUCCAUAACUGCUUGGGAAAUUGGGGUGUGUGUGGAUUUCAAAUGGAAGCAUCAGCCAGAAGAUACCCAGAAGUGUAAGAAGAGAUAAGGGGAUCUGUGGUGCCCUGGUGAGAGAACCAAGCUAAUGUCCAGCAAAGCUAUCUCUUCACCCGGGAUGAUUUCCUGUUUGAAUGUUCUCCCUGUAAAAGAGAAAUUUGAUAGCGACUGCUGAAGAGUGGGAGAGGAAUAGGAGAGGCGGCGGCUGCCAAGGCCCAGCCUCAUGUGACACACAGGUUUUGAGGGGCAGGUGGCAAGGCCACCCUGGGCAGAAAGAAAGGGGGAGUGGAGCCGAGCACACAAAAAGUCUUGAUUUAUUUUUAUUUUUAAAUGCUUUGUACAUCUGCGUCUAAUAUUGCCCCUUUAUAAAAGUUAUGUAUUGGUGUGUAUUUUUCUUUUGGUAAAUCUACAAUACAAUACAAUAAGGAUUAAAGGUUUUUUCCCCCCCAGGAUGGUGGAGGGUGUGUGUGCUGUGUCCCGUUGGUGUAUUGGUGAUGGUACUCACUCCGUGGGGCAGAGGGGAACACCAAAAACAGAAGGCCAAGUAGGGUCAGUGGAGGGGAGAGUGAAAAAAUGUUCCUAUUUUCCCUCUUAGGAAUAUUGGAGGGUAUGUGAUUGCUGCUCUUGGAGGGGAAUGGGGAUAUCGCAGGCAUAGGCAAACUCGGCCCUCCAGAUGUUUGGGACUACAACUCCCAUCAUCCCUGAGCACUGGUCCUGUUAGCUAGGGAUAAUGGGAGUUGUAGUCCCAAAACAUCUGGAGGGCCAAGUUUGUCUAUGCCUGGGAUAUCCUAGGAGUUCUCAACAUCCUCAACUAACUACAGCUCCCAGAAUUCUUUGGGGGAAGCCAUGUAGUUUAAAGUGGUAUCGUAGCACUUUAAAAUGCAUGGUGUGAAAAUAGCAUAAGAAAAGGAAUAGAUUAAAACUUUCCUCCCUGGACUCUUCAUGAUAAUGAUGAGUCUGAUCUCAGUGGAACCCAGAGUAGUCCCCAACAUACCAUAAUACAAUGAAACUCAACAUUUUUUUAAACCACACAUGCACACGCCUGGUUGAAGAUAGAUGUUCUUAACUGCUGUCUAAAGACCAUCAAGGUGGGGGUUCAGUCACACUUCCCAAGGGAGGGAGUUUCCUAUCUGAACACCCACUGAGACAUUCCUAGCCAUAGCUGUCAACAUUUCCCCUUUUUAAAGGGAAAUUCCCUUAUUCCAAAUAGGAUUCCUUGCAAGCAAAGGGAAAAGUUGACAGCUAUGUUCCUAUCUCAGGCAUUAAAAGAGAAGAUGAUGAACUAUCACUGGUGGGGAAAUCACAAGCAAGGCUUCCCGCACUGAUCAUUAAGGUUAGUAGGUAUUUGUGGACCAUUCUUCUCUUUUACUGCCUCUCUCUCUCUAUGAUUCAGAACUGUGAUGUCUCACCUGGCGUUUGAAACCAUACAUCCAUCGCCCAAUAGGCUGAAUUGCUACAACAACUUGUGUGGUGUUGUUUCAUUUUAUUGGAAAUUCACAAUAACCUAUUUCUGGGAUCAGAACACUGACCUGAGAGUAUGAAGAAGCAAUAUUUUUCACUCCCAUAAAUGAAGAUCAUGGGUACCUUCAGUGUCUUCUCUUUUAGAGCUUGGAGCAGCAACAGGAAGGGCUGUUACUGAGUAACAUGCUUUGUAUGCAGGCGGUAUCAUGUUCUACUCCUGAAAUCUCCAAGCAGGGGCCAGGAAAAGGCAGCUAGUUGGAAUCCUGGAGAGAUGCUGCCUGUCAGUGCAGACAUUACUGAGCUAGAUGACUUGGUACAAAGUAGCCUCCUGUGUCUUGUUAGGAGCACCCAUAGCUUAGUGGUGGAGCAUCUGCCUUGCGUGCAGAAGAUUCCCAGGUUCCAUCACUCAGCCUGGACAACUCAGUUGGGCUAGAGUAUGAUGCUGAUAAUACCAAGGCUACAAGUUUGAUCCUUGUAUGAGGCAACUGCAUGUUCCUCAAUUCCAGGGGGUUGGACUAGAUGAUCCUCAGGAUCCCUUCCAACUCUACAAUUCUAUGAUUCUAUGUCUCCAGGUAGGGCUGAGAAGGUCUUUUGUCCAAAAGCCAGAAGAGCCACUGCAAGUCGGUGUGGAGAAUAUAGUGUAGGAAAAGAGCUAAAAGGACCAGUGAUCUAAGGUAUCCACACUUACCCUUUGCCCCACCGUUCCCAGGCACAAGUUUGUGCUUAAAAGCUCAGUGUCCAUGGAUUGCUGUUUGCUCCGAUUGAGCUUUAAAGAGUGUCUUUUUUGCAGGGAAAGCUCUGGGGCAAAAAAAAGGGGGGGGAUGCUCAGACAUGGAGCUUUAAAGCAUGGAUCAUGCCUAGCAAGAGCAGAGGGAAAGUAAGUGUGGAUAAGUCCUCAGUGUAAUGCAAAUCACAAACUCAUUACACCAACCAAUAGUGUUAAUAGGAUGGAAGUUCCCAAGGGGUGGAAAGAGCAGACUAAUUCAGCAGCCUAGAACACAGGAAGCUGGCUUAUAAUAAGUCAGACCAUUGAUCCAUCUAGCUUAGCGCUGCCUGCACUGAGUGGCAGUAGCGCUCCUUGGUUCUGGAGAUGAGCCUUUCCCAGCCCUACCCUGGAGUUGCCAGGGGUAGAAUCUAUUCUUAAGUGGUCCCUGUCUAACCCAGUGUGGACAGCACCAAACUGAAAAAGGUCUCAACAUCCUGUAAAUGUAGCAGUUCUUCAAAAGCUAAACUAGAGGCUUAGUGUGGGCAGCAGGUCAUUCCAUUGCAGCACCUCAUUGACCUAACACAGCACAGUACAUUCAGUCACUGGAUAGUGCUGGUGGGAGAGGUAGAAGUCAGGGUUGUGUGAUGGAAACACAAGCAGGGGGGUUUGUUUUCCAUAACUGCUUCUGAUGAGGAGGUGUCAGAUUGAGAGCUCAGCAGAAAGUUUGGCCCAGUGCUUGGGGUCAUGGUGUAGAAUUGGGUGGGUACAAAUUGAAUGCCUUCAAAAGAGGAUUGGACAAAUUCAUGGUGGAGAAUUCUAUUGAUGGCUACUGGCCAUGAUGGCUAUGCUCUGCCUCUGUGGUCGGAGACAGGAAGGCUUCUGAAUUUCAGUUGCUGGAAAACACAGGAGGGGAGAGUGGCCUUGUACACAGUUCCUGUUUGUGGGUUUCCUACAGCUAGGCUUGCCAUACGUCCUGGUUUUGACAUGUCCUGGUUUUGGGGUGUAAAAACUGUUGGGGGGAAUUUGCCGAAUCCGCAAAAUGUCAGGGAAAACCCGGAUGUAUGGCAAUACAGUGGUACCUCGGGUUACAUAUACUUCAGGUUACAUACGCUUCAGGUUACAGACUCCGCUAACACCCAGAAAUAGUGCUUCAAGUUAAGAGCUUUGCUUCAGGAUGAGAACAGAAAUCGUGCUCCGGCGGCUCAGCAGCAGCAGGCAACCCCAUUAGCUAAAGUGGUGCUUCAGGUUAAGAACAGUUUCAGGUUAAGUACGGACCUCCGGAACGAAUUAAGUACUUAACCCGAGGUACCACUGUAGAAUGGAAAAAGCAGUGAAAACAGCUCCAAAAGUUUAACAUCACUAUUGGGGGGGGUAGGUUUUGGGGGGAGCUCAACCAUCUUGGUAUCUUCCUAAAAAAACAACAGCUCAACACCUUAGCGGGUGUCAGGAAUUUGACUUUUGCUUUUUGAAAUAUGGCAACCCUACCUACAGCAAUCUGGUUGGCUGCUGUCAGAAGAGGAUACUGGACUAGAUGGGCCACUGACCUGAUCAAGCAGACCUCUUCUUAUCUUCUUAAUACAGAUGAUGGUGGUGGUGGAAGGUCCCUGGAACUCCAGGGCAGGCAAAUUGAUGCUGCAGUUAUGCUUCCAGCUCUCAAAGUGACGAGUAAUGUCUCAAGGUAAAUCUUGUUAACGCUCAGAACUUCUGAAACACCUUUUUGCUUUUUAUGCAGCCUUUUGCGGUACAUGCCAGGCUCAAAGCUGUGUCAAAUCUCCUGGUUUAAUUUACUCCCAGGAGUGCAAGAGCGGAAGAGCCUCAUCUGUAAACAGAGAAACACCUCCAAGCUAAGUUAGGGUCCAGCUGCUAGCCGACUGGGGUUUUAAUGCAGCCUGGCAGCAGGAGGAGAGUGGUUAUCUCAGUGGUUCAUUAAAGUCUCCAUGGACUGAGGAAAGCUUGAGGAAAUUGCUAGGUUGCUUUGAGAGCUGGAAGGAAAAUGGACACCCGUUUGGAAGCUGAAAGGCAAUAUCUUCCCCACUGCGACUCUUUCAAGCUCCUGGGCAGCAGUUCCCAGGGGGAAGGUCUUUUGGUGGAACAGCGGCAAAUGCCAUAUCUCAUUAAAGGCAGAGCAUUAAAGCAACAAUUAUCCCAAGCAGCCGAAGGCAUGGCCAUGAAAGAACAUAAGAAGAGCCUGCUGGAUCAGGCCAAUGACCCAUUUAGUCCAGCAUCCUGUUCUCACAGUGGCCAACCAUAUGGGUAACCUAGAAGCAGGAUUCAAGCACAAAAGCCCUCUCCCCUCCUGCUGCUUCCAGCAACUGGUAUUCAGUUUUACUGCCUCCAAGCAUGGAGGCUGAGCAAAGCCAUCAGGACACCCAAGCCAGCCCUCAUGGCAAAAUGGCCAAGCUGCAUUUCCAUGUCUUCCAGAACUGCACGCCUUCUCUGAAAAGACACACAUUUGCAUUCUCUAGAGCUGCCUUAUGGUUUCUUCUUCUUAUAAUAAUAAUAAAUUUUAUUUAUACCCCGCCCUCCUGGCCAGAGCUGGGCUCAGGGCAGCCAAAACCAGUAAAAUUACAGUAAAAACAUAAUAAGGGGGGGGGCAAUUUAAAAUAUAGGUUAAAAUGUAAUUUAGAAUGCAGCCUCAUUUUGAAAGUAGCCCAUAGAUUAAAACCAUAAAGGGAGGGAAACAUAAGGGUCAGACCAAGUCCAAACCAAAGGCCAGGCGGAACAGCUCUGUCUUGCAGGCCCUGCGGAAAGAUGUUGAGUCGCGCAGGGCCCUACUCUCUUGUGACAGAGCGUUCCACCACGUUGGGGCCAGUGCUGAAAAGGCCCUGGCCCUAGUUGAAACCAAUCUAACCUCCUUGAGGACCUCCAAAGUGUUGUUAUUUGUGGACCUGAAGGUCCUCUGUGGGGCAUACCAGGAGAGGCGGUCCCAUUGGUACAUGGGUCCUAGACCACAUAGGGCUUUAAAGGUCAAAACCAGCACCUUAAACCUGACCCUGUACUCCACCGGGAGCCAGUGCAGGAAAUGGUUUGCAAACACAUCACCCGCUUUCCCCGCCACCUCUGUUCUUUCUCUUACUGAUUUUAAGGCCAUAUUAUGAGGGCAAACCACAAACCCAUCUCCCAGUUCACUAUCUGAUACAGAGGGGCCAAGGCAUUUUAGUUGGGCUGCAGUUUGACUCCUUCAGUAGUUCUGGAAGGGAGAAGAGGGUAAUGCUAUCCCUUCUACUAUCCCUUCUAGAGGCAUUCAAGGGAGAAUGAGUGAUACCAGGCAGACUUCCACUGUUGUGAAUAUGUCACUGAGGCCAUCAACACAACUGGUGGCUUAGGGGGAGGAGGCAGCAAUGCUUCUGAAUCCCAAUUACUGGAGGGGAGAGUGCUCUUGUAUUCGGGUCUUGCUUGUGGGCUUCCCAGAAGAGGCGUCUGGUUGGCCACUGAGAGAACAGGAUGCUAGACUAAAUAAUCACUCAGCCUGAUCCAGCAGGGCUUUUCCUUAGUGUGAGCAGCCCCUCACUGCCAUUAUAAGCCCUUUCUCCAAAACUGAACCCUUAGGAAUACUAGAAGAGCUCUGCUGGAUCUGGCCAAAGGCUUAUCUAGCCCAACAUCCUGUUCUCACAAUGGCCAACCAGAUGUCUAUUGCAGGAGAGUAACUACUACUGGUAGCUCAGCUUGUGGUCCUCCACAUGUUGGACUACCAGAUGUUUUUGGACUACAUUUCCCAUCAUUCCCUGACCAAUCGCCAUGCUGGCAAGAGCUGAUGGGAGUUGGGAGUCCCUGUGCCCUGUAGUAGCGCAAAACCACACCUUUGAUUUCUGCUUUGUGUUUUUAAAACUAUCUGAGAAAACUGAGCAAGGAGGGUGCAAUUUGCAGUGGAGAGACCCUUCUCCUGUCUGCCAUUACCCCUUCUGCAAAUCCUACCCUCCACCUUCCAAAUGUUUUCCACCCAGAAGGGAUUUGCAAUGUAAAUAUAGGGCUGGAGGGAAUUGCAGAGGAUAGAGUUAAACACUCUCCUUUUGCUCAAAACUCCAAUCUUGCAAAUUGUUCCCUCCUGGCUGAGACUGGCAUAGGCAGCUGCCAGACUUUAAAGGCAUGAGGCUGAGAUGGAACGUGUCAUUCCUCCCUCAGCUUUGGAAACAAAUAGAGGAUUUUAUGGACAGUUGCUGAUCUGGCUGGCUGCGCCUGGCAUUAUGUUCAAUUAAAGCGAUAAAAAGGCAAAGUGUGCUGCUGUAAAAAAUAUAUUAAUGUAUGUGUUUCCAGAAGGGAAGAGGAAGAGAGGAGAGGCUAUCAAAAUGUUGAUGAGAGACCAACAAUUAUAUUUGAUAGUGGGACCCCAGUCAAUCUGGCACAUCUUGUCAUUCAGUCCUAGUAACCUGCUCCCAACAGUGGGCAGCAGAUGUGUCUAGGAAGUUCACAAGUAGAAUAUGAAGACGGAAGUCGUCUUGCCCACAGCAUCUGGUAUGCUGCUCCUGUUUAUGGAAGUGAUGUUGUUGUUGAUGAUGAUGAUGAUGAUGUUGAGUUCUAUCCAACCAAGUUCAAAUCGGAGUAGAAGAAUUGAAAUUAAUGGACAUGUUCAUAGAAUCAUAGAAUGACAGAAUGUUACUGAAUGUUACUGGGCAUGUUAGUAAAUUCCAUUUAUUUAAAUGAUUCUGCUCUGAUUAGAAUUUUGUAUUAGUGCUAGUUAUAUAGUUGCUUUAUAUAGGGCAAUCUCUAGGUCAGGGAUGCCCAACAGCGAUUGCUGUGAAAGAAAAGAAAAGCAGUGAAAGGCUCUGCCCCCCUGUGCUUUCUCUGUGUUUCAGUGUUGCGUCAAAUGGGCAUUAAUUUUUUUCUAUUUGUGGUGGCGAGUUCUGUUACUGGAAUCUGGUUGUUUACAGUAGCAACGCUGUAUUAGGUGAGUGAUUCCCCCCUAAAAAGAGCUCAACAACUUUGCCCCCCCCCCCAAUAUAGGCUUUCUCCCCCCUAAAAAAAGCUCUGGAACAGUGUUUUUAUACUGGGAGUAGAUCGCGGUCUCUUGGGAGUUGGACAUGCCUGCUCUAGGUGAUUUACAACUAAGUUUUAAAAGAACUUUAAAAAAGGAACUAUCACCAAAUCAUCAUAACAAUAUAAAACAUUGUGGUAACUGGGUGGGCUCAGGGAGUGGUGUCAUGACUAAGAGCACAUCCCAUAAGGGCAUAGGAAGUCUAGCAUCCUGUUCUCACAGUGGCCACUCUGUGUUGGGAAGCCUGCAAGCCGGAUUCAAGCACAAGAGCGCUCUUCCCCUCCUGUGGCUUCCAGAUACUGGUAUUCAGAAGCAUUACUGCCUCUGCUUCUGAGCUAUCCAGUUUGCAUCAAAAGGUAAUUUUAUCAACUUUGCACUUUCCAAAACAGCAUGAGAACUGAAACACAGGCAUCCUUCAAAACCUGCAUGUAUCUUAAUUUUGCAAUACCGUGUUCCAACCAAAUAAUGUCUGAAAAAAUGCAUAUAUUAGGGGAAAGCAUGCAUACAGAUGGAGAUACAGUGGUACCUUGGGUUAAGAACUUAAUUCGUUCUGGAGGCCCAUUCUUAACCUGAAACUGUUCUUAACCUGAAGCACCACUUUAGCUAAUGGGGUCUCCCGCUGUCGCUGCACUGCCAAAGCACGAUUUCUGUUCUCAUCCUGAAGCAAAGUUCUUAACCCGAGGCACUAUUUCUGGGUUAGCAGAGUCUAUAACCUGAAGCGUCUGUAACCUGAAGUGUCUGUAACCCGAGGUACCACUGUAUCUGUGAAAAACAACUUUCAAAAUGCACUAUAUCACUUGCAAAAAUCUGCCAGUUUGUCAAAACAAAAUUCAGACAAAAAAAUCUAUUCAUUAGGAGAAAUUUGCACCGAAAAGCCAAUGAAUUUUCAGGAGGAUUUUUUUUAAAAAAAGAAAUUUCACAAAUGGCUGCAGAAAUAUGAAAAAGUAAAUUUAAGGCUGUAGAGAUGGAAAACUGAGAGAACUGAAAUGUUCCCUAAUCUGGAUCAGAGGUCCGAAUCCAGAACUUUUUUUGCUGAAAAUACUAAGCUUUGUGCUGAAAAGUCCUAGCAACCCCCUUGAAAAUCCUACUCUUUUUUUCAAAUUAUUAUUAUUUUCUUCCCUGAUAGCUAGGGAGCUCUGAUGGCCUUGGCAAAUUCUCUGGUGGUCAGUGGUUCUGCUCUCGUAGCCCCUGACUGUAGUUACCUUCUCUGGAGCCCCAUUCCUAGCAGUGUUAUGUUCUGUACGUGUCUGAGUCACCUGUUAUUCCUCCAGACUACCCGACCUAACAAAACAACUUGAAGGAGAGCAAGAAAAUAAAGAGUCCGUUGCAGCUAUCAUUACCCAAACAGCUUGGCAGCAGUCAUCUCAGUGACUCACGCUAACAAAGGUGACCUUGGCUUUUAUUAUAUGAGAUUGCCAGCAUCCGCAUCUCUGAGCCUUUGAUUGAUACUUGUGAUGCGUCUUGGCAGAAGGGACCAUGGUGCUUCCUAAGAGGCAUCUCUGCUUGCUGGCAUUUGCAGGGAUCUCAGCUACUACUACCAACAUCACCCAGUUGCCUAGGUGGUGUAGGUAUUAGUCAUUGCCAGGGCUGUUGGGAACUUAUUAUUAGGUAUCAUAUCAUAGAAUUAUAGUUGGAAGGGACCACAAGGAGCAUCUAAUCCACUUCCUGCAAUGCAAUAAUCUUUUGCCCAAUGUGGGGCUCGAACUCACAACUUUGAGAUUAUGUGUCAUGUGCUCAACUGACUGAGCUAUCUGGGCAACUCUAUGGUUCUUCCUCUUCUUCCUCUUCUUGUUACAGUUUAUCAUCCACCCUUCACCCUAAGAUCCCAGGGCAGGUCACAGCAAUUAAAACACAGCACGGAUAUAGAAACACAAUAUUAUACCAUAUUAAAAACAGUUACAAAAAUGAAAAUUAAAAGAAAUAAGGUGGGUCACAGAAUCAUGGAGUUGGAAGGGAUCACAAGGGUCAUUGAGUCCAACCCCCUUGUAAUACAGGCGUCACAGCUAAAGGAGCUUUGAAAGAUGGCUAUACAACCUUUGUUUAGAAACUUUCUGUGAAGGAUAGUCCACCACCUUCCAAGGGUCCUAGAGAUAUCCAUCUCAGGUGCAUCUUCAGCAUUUGCUGAAAGCUGAAUUACAAAGGUGCCAGACAUACCUCUCCUGAGCCAUCAUCACCCUGAGCUUCUGAUGGUUGAAGAGCUACCAAGAGGGCCCCCUCUGCCAAUCUUAGCACUUGGGAGGCUCUGUGGGGAAGGAGGAGGUCUCUCGGGUAUUUGGGGCCUGAGUCAUUUAGACAAAUCAUCGUUUAGACAAAUGGUUAUUAGAGAAAGUCAUUAGACCAAUUCAAGGACGUAAAGGCUAUCAGUGGUUACUAGUCAUGGUGAUGAUACUUUGGCUGGAGGCUGUAUACUUAUGAUAACCAGUUGCUGGAAACCACAGAAAAGGAUGAUACUACUACUACUACUAAUAUAUUAUUUAUACCCUACCCAUCUGGCUGGGUUUUCCCAGCCACUCUGGGCGGCUUCCAACAAAAUAUUAAAAUACAGUGGUCUGUUAAACAUUAAAAGCUUCCCUAAACAGGGCUGCCUUCAGAUGUCUUCUAAAAGUCUGGUAGUUGUUGUUCUCUUUGACAUCUGGUGGGAGGGCGUUCCACAGGGUGGGUGCCACUAGCGAGAAGGCCCUCUGCCUGGUUCCCUGUAGCUUGGCUUCUCGCAGUGAGGGAACCACCAGAAGGCCCUCAGAGAUGGAUCUCAGUGUCCUGGCAGAACGAUGGGGGUGGAGAUGCCCCUUCAGUUAUACUGGAGUGCUCUUGCACUUGGGUCCUGAUUGUGGGCUUCUUACAAUUAAUCACUGCUGCUGACCUUUCCUUUCACUCUCUUCUGCACCUGUGUAACAGGACAGGGAGCUAUCAGUUACAACCGAAAGAAAAUUUUCACCAGUUGCAAACAACACUUCCUUUCUUCAGUGACUUUUCCCCAGCACACAUUGCAAGAAGAGGAAAAAAGGUGGUAGACUGAGGUUGACAUCACUCACCAUGGCCCUCAAUUACCCUAAACCAUUGCCCUUACUUGCCUUCAGUAUGUCAUAAUGCAGGCAGCUCCAGCUGACUAUACAGUGUUGUGAUGGCCAAGUGGGUGGAACUAUCAAUGUGACUAAUGCAAGAAGGCAUAAGAAGCAGCUAUAAAAGUUGUGCACAGGAGGCAGUGCAUCAGUCUCAUAAUCUGAAGGUCCCAAGUUUGAGCUUGAGAGAAGGUAGCUUACAGCUGUCUUAAUUUUGAGUGUUGCGGUGCAUUGGGCUAGGACCAGGAGAGACCAGGAUUCAAAUCCCCACUCAGCCAUGAAGCUCACUGGUUGACCUUUGGGGGGUGCUCACUGCCUCUCAGCCUAACCUACCUCACAGGGUUGUUGUGGGAAUUAAAUGAGGGGUAUAUGUCACCUUGAGCUCCUUGGAGAAAUGGGUUGGUAUAUAAAUGCAGUAAAUAAAUAAAAUAAGUAUCAUCUGAAAAAGAGAGAGGAAAUAAUGGCAGUGAAGGGGAAUAGAUUUUUGAGGGGUGGGUAACAAUUUGAUCCAACUGAAAUGGCUAGCUUCUACCUGAAAACCUAAGCAGUAGAAGAUUGGGCAAUGCUCUAGUGCUCUCUGGGACUGAGAUUGCUCCAAUUGUCUGUGUUAAGCUGAUCAUAUAGUAUCGCUGAUGGCCCAGAGAGGAGUUAAUCAACAUGAAUGACUCUUGCCGACGGUGGCCCUCUGCAGCAAGACAAAGAAAGACACAAGUAGCAAAAUAGCUGUUCUCUAUUAUGACACUUCUCUGCCUGAAUGGCACAGGAAAUAUCCUCGGAAGUUAAGGCAUGUCACAACAGCCAUCAGCUGCAGAGGGUGACUGGUUUGAAGCUGCGAAGUGUGAUACCUGCUUCCUCUGAGCUAACCCUGUCUUGGAUUUCUCCUUCUUACGAAAUGUGGGGGAAUCAAGUCUGGGACGCACUGCCAAAGAAGGGUUUUCCUUUUCUUUCUUUCUUUCUUUCUUUCUUUCUUUCUUUCUUUCUUUCUUUCUUUCAUUCUUUUUGACUUUCUUCUUUUUUAGACUAAGCGGCCAUUUUAUCUUAGAAUAUUAUAAAAAAGAUACGUUGUAAUGGGUUUGUAUUUUUGUAUAGCUAUGAAUUAAUAUCAAUAAAUAAGUUUUUAAAAAUAUAUGAGUUUGACCAAACUGCGGGAGCCAGUGGAAGACAGGCGUGCUUGGAGUGCUCUGGUCCAUGGGGUCACGAAGAGUCGGACACGACUAAACGACUAAACAACAACAUGGGACCCUCUGUCUAUACUCAUCUAUGAAGAAUCCCUCUUGGAACAAUUUGUAGAGGACAAGGUCUAGGCCCCCAUAGACAGUACACCUACAACCCCCAUGCCCCAGCAAGGCUGGAUGCAGGGUUUGAACUCACAGGGUCCAUUACAAACAGAAGCACAGAUGAUGUGUUUAUGCCACAAAGCAACACUUGGGGGCUCAGGAUCAAACUAAAACUAGAAUUAAGUCUUCUUUGCUUUUCCUUCGACUGGCAGGCUAAGACCCUCCUGUUCAGACACGCCUUUGGAAACGAAGGUGCAGAUGAUGCUGAGUACCACUGUAUAUAAUUUUUGCAUUUUAUAAUGAUGUUUUAAAAUAGAAUCCUAGACCUGCAGAGUUCAAAUGGACCCCAAGUGUCAUCCAGUCCAGCCCACAGCAUUGCAGGAAUCACAGCUCAAGGCAGAUGGCUAUCCAACCCCUGUUUAAAUACCUCUCAUGAAGAAGAGCCCAGCACCCUCCAAAGGCCAUCUAUUCCAUUGUCAAACAGCUCUUACUGCCAGAAAGUUAUUCUUAAUGCUUAGCUGUGAUUUCAUUUUUUUUUAUUCCAUUGGUUCAGACCCUGCACUGCAGCAGCAGCAGCAGCAGAAAAGAAGCUUUCUCCAUCUUCCAUGGCACAACCCUUUAGAUAUCUGAAGAUAGCUCUCAUAUCAUCUACCAGUCUUCAUUUCUCCAGGCUAAACAUACCCAGCUCCUUUGGCCGUUCCUCAUUAGCAGCAGAAAAUAAAUGGUGGAAGCCACAUUGAAUCCCAGCUUGCGAGAAAGGCAUGAUAAGAAUGUUAGAUAAAUAAAUAAGUAACAAAUUAUACUUCAAUGCAAUGACGUAUUUUGAAUUUUUUUAACCCACCCUGGGACCUUAGGAUGAAGGGUAGAUAAGAACUUAGAAUAAUAAGUUAAAAAAUUAUCAUUAUGAAAUAAAACAAUAGACAAAAACCAACCUCUCCCACCUUUAAAAUGCCCCAUUUUCAUGAGGACAGACAGGCUGGUGUCACCACAAUGGACCAGCCUCCACUGUUGAUGGCCCAAGUAGAAGCUUGGACAUCCCUUCCCACUUGGGUCUAGGUGCUUGUAGAGGGGAGGGUUGGUUCACUCACUGCAUAUUCAAGAUUUCUUUUGCUUCCAGUAUACAUCUCCAUUCUCCCUUUAUUUUUAUUUCCUCUACAGGUCUGGCCGUCCAUCAGAUUAUCACCAUCACCGUCUCCCUCAUCAUGGUCAUUGCUGCUCUGAUAACGACGCUCGUCUUAAAAAAUUGGUAAGGAUCUUCCACCACAUGAGUUUGGCCUGUAUGUGGGUUGAAAGGAGGGAACUGUGUAGCAGGAUACUGGGCUAUUGGCAAGUCAAUUGCAACCUGAACCUUAGCCAGUGGUAUGGAAAGCAAGUCCUGUGAAUAAAAUUUGAUGAGACUUGGGCUGUUUAAUUUGAAGAAGACUAAGAAGGCUUUCAAAGAGGAUUGGACAAAUUCAUGGAGGACAAAGCUGUCAAAGGCUACUAGCUAUGAUGGUCAUAUCCUACUUCUACUGUCACAGAUAGAAAUGCUUCUGUAUUGCAGUUGCAGGAAAAUGAGGAAGGGGAGAGUGCUUUUGUGCUUAGGUCAUGAUGGUGCGCUUCCUCUGGGUGGCCACUGUGAGAACAGGAUGCUGGACUAGAUGGGCCAUUCACCUGAUCCAGCAGGCCCAUCUGAUUUUCUUAAGAGACAGUGCAAAAAUCUGGACCAGGACAUGGUUUCUUCAUUAUUUCUCUGCUAAGUCGUUGAUUUUCCUCCUAGUCUUUGACCACCCUUCAGCAUCAACCUGCAUGGAAUUGUGGGGUGGACUCCUCCUCUCUUUGGGUGGUCAGAACACCUUCUUCCCUUUGAUUUGAUUUCCUGAAGACCCAUAUGGGCAAUCUGAGGAAUGUAGACCUCGUGCAGCCCUUGACUGACUUCAGGGUGGCCUCCACGACCCAUUCUACACUCCCCACUGCCCAGAUGAUUGACUGAAGUCCUCAGAUGGGAACGCUCCUCAGCUGUCCUCAGUGCCAAUUAACUGGGCAGAGCAGCUGAUGGGGAGAUUGUUACAGACUAAGACACUGAGAACCCACUGCAUGCCUCCUCCUUGACCACUGUUCCCAGAGCUGAUAUGGUGGGCAGUGUGGUGGGAAGGAUAGACUCUCUCUACUGCCAUGCAGGAGUGGAGAGCAAGGGUGGGUGUUUUUGGUGGUGAGGUGGCUGUUUGUAUGUGUGUUAGCAAGAACUUUCUGAUAGUAAGAGUAGUGGAAAGGUGGUGAACUCUCCUUCACCAUCAGCUGGGAGCCAGCGUGGUGUAGUGGUUAGGAGCAGUGGACUCGUAAUCUGGUGAACCGGGUUCGCUUCCCCGCUCCUCCACAUGCAGCUGCUGGUUGACCUUGGGCUAGUCACACUUCUCUGAUGUCUCUCAGCCCCACUCACCUCACAGAGUGUUUGUUGUGGGGGAGGAAGGGAAAGGAGAUUGUUAGCCGCUUUGAGACUCCUUAAGGGGAGUGAAAGGUGAGAUAUCAAGUCCAAACUCCUCCUCCUCGUCUUCUUUUUUAUUGAAGGUUUUUAAACAGAGUUUGGGUGGACAUCUGUCAGGGAUUCCUUAGCUGUGAUUUCCACCUUGCAGGGUGUUGGACUAGCUAAGCCUUCUCCCCCCCAAAAAACAACAACACACUGCCUAGUGACCUCUUCCAACUCUACGGUUCUAUGAGGUCUAUUAUUUUGGGCAAAGCAGACAUAGUAACACAGCUGGCCUUGUCUUGGAGCGCUGGCAAAGGCUUGCUUAUCAUUACAAAAAUAUGAGGGAGGAUGGCACAUGACAGGAAUGCAGAUGAGCAAAGGGACCCAUGGAGGAGCUACAGUAGCUAGAAAUGUAAAGGGCAACGCCCUGUGUCAGGAACAAGGUGUGUGUCAAUCUUACUUCCCUAAGAGCAAUCUUUUUUUUAUGGCACCUCCUCACUGGGGUGGAGCAAAAUAUCCAUAUGUGCCUGAUUCAAUGCUGGAGGCAAAAUGACUCAUUUCCUGUUUGGGAAGAAGCAAGACCAGAGCUGUGACUCAUGCAGAGACACAGGGAGCAGCAUCCUCCAAGGACAGAUUAUCCUCCCUCCCUUGCUGCUUUGCCCUAUAUUUCUGUUACAAUUGCCCCAUCUUUCUUUUGCAAGAUUCAGUCUCCUCUGAGCUUCUAAUGAGUUCAGGGAAAAUGUACCCAGUUUUUAAAAAAUUAUUUAUUUAUGCAUUUCCCCAAUCAGUUAAUGGAAAUGACCGCACUCAAGCGGAGAGCCCCCCCCUCCACCUAAAUGCCUUGCAAGGACUAGACUGUUUUACAUGCCUCACAUCUCCAAGCUUUUUUGUUUUCAUCCAGCCUCAUUUGCAGGCCUUUCUUCUCUGACAUCCACUAUGCAUAUAGUAAAAUGGGUUACGUCUUAGCUCCAGGCACUGCUGCCGUUACCUAUUUUCCUAGUCAAUCUGACCUACUUUGAGGUCAGCCUUACUCACUCUAAUAAUGUGAUGCACCUUUGGGAGAAAGAAAUGAGUUAGAAGGUUGUGCAGCUUUCCUUCUCUCAAAGGCUGCUCCCAGGCCUCUUCCCUGCUUGAAAAAUAUGUUCCCUAAUAGCUUCAAACCUGUGGCAUUCCGUGGCAUAAUUUGUCCCGGUUGUUCUGACACUCACCUCAAGUGAUGGGGGCUGAAUCAGAUGAAGAGACUGCAAGUAAAUUGGAAAAGUCAUCCAGGAAGAUCGCUCUCCAUUGCCCCAUCUGCCCCCAUCGGGCUUGUCAAAAGGGAUUAAGGAGAAUUCCCGGGGUGAAACAUGCCAGCAUUUUCACCAAAACCAUCUUCCAAAUCAAAGGCAUCUGUGAGCUCAAAUCCUACUUGGGUGUUAUAAGGAAAGCAGCAGCAGGAAAAAACAACCAACCAACUGAAUUAAAACGUCGCUUUGUGCUCUUAGAACAUUGCCACAUAUAAGUUCCCUGAGGCCUGAAUUUUGGGCCCCACAGUUUAAGAAGAAGAUGAACAAGCUGGAAGGUGUGCAGAGGAGGGCAACCAAGAUGAACAAGGGCCUGGAAACCGAGCCUUAUGAGGAAUGGUUGAAGGAGAUGGGGAUGUUUAGCCUGGAGAAGAGAAGACUGAGAGGUGAUAUGAGAGCCAUCUGCACAUAACUGAAGGGCUGCCAUAUGCAGGAUGGAGCAAGCUUGUUUGCUGCUGCUCCAGAAGGUAGAACCCAAACUACUGAAUUCAAAUUACAACAAAGGUGAUCCCGAUUAAACAUUAGGAAGAACUUUCUGGUGGUGAGAGCUGUUCACCAGUGGGAUGUUCUCUCUUGAAAGGUGGUGGACUCUCCUUCAUUGGAAGUUUUUAAAGAGAGGUUGGAUGGCCACCUGUCAGGGAUUCCUUAGCUGUGAUUCCUGCAUCACAGAGGGUUGGGCUCGAUGACCUUUGGAGUUCAGCCCAACUCUAUAGUUUUAUGAUUCUACAGAUCAAAUCCUUCUCAGCCAUGAAGCUAACUUGGGUCAGUCACUAGGACUCAUAUCCAAUGCUGUCACUCUGCUCAUGCAACAGACCCCUGCUUGCAAAGUGUAACUCCCCACUCCUCUCCCAUGCCCUCCAGUGUUUCUCUGAUGAAAACAGGGACAUCCCACUCCGUAAUGUUAAUUUCACUAUUUAUGCCCCACACAUCUUACUGGGUUGCCCCAGCCACUCUGGGCAGCUUCCAACCUAUAUAAAAACACAAUAAAACAAUUCAGAAACCGGGAUGGCUUCACUAAAUCAGGGACGUCCCUGGAAAAUAGGGAGACUUGGAGGGUCUGCUCACCUUUCCCAUGCAGCCUCCUGCCUACAAUCUCAUAUUCUGCACCGGAGGUUUGGAUAUCUGUUUGGAGAAGAUUCUGGAUGGGGGAGAAAACAGGAAGGGUAAGGUGCACUGCAAGAGUGGAAGGCUACUCACACAGGACUGGCUGCCACCAAAUAGCUCAUAAUAAUCUACCUUGCAUGGGGACGCGGGUGGCGCUGUGGUCUAAACCACAGAGCCUAGGGCUUGCCGAUCAGAAGGUCAGCGGUUUGAAUCCCCAUGACGGGAUGAGCUCCCGUUGCUCGGUCCCUGCUCCUGCCAACCUAGCAGUUUGAAAGCACGUCAAAGUGCAAGUAGAUAAAGUGAAGUUGUACGCCGGCUCCCUUGGCCGAUAAAGUGAGAUGAGUUCCACAACCUCAGAGUUGGCCAUGACUGGACCUAAUGGUCAGGGGUCCCUUUACCUUUACUAAUCUACCUUGCAGGAGUGUUAGGAGGAUAAAAUGUGGAGAGGGAAAACCAUUUCCACACACCCUGCACAAGCAUCAUGGAGGGAGAGUGGAAUAUAAUUUUUUAAGAAUCAGUGCUUGGGAUGUAGUAGGUCAGCUGAAUGCAGUUAGAAGCUUCAGUUUGACCGGGAACUGGUUUUAUGUAGUAUCUGAUUAUGUAAUGUAUCCAAUUUUAUGGAACAUUACAUGCAACAUUAUAUGCAACUAUAUCUAUAUUUAUAUCUAUAUAUUAAGCGAUUAAGUCCCAUAAGUCACUUUAAUUCUGCAACAUGAUUUUACAGCUAUGGAUACACAGAGGUAUUUGUGCAAAGUAAUUAGCAUUGUUUGUUUUGUGAAUCUGUUUACGUGUUGUUUAUCUUAGAAAAUCUGGCGAGUGGGUGUGUAUAUAAAAAAUAUGCUAUAAUAUUAGGAAUGAUAAUGCAUAUAAUAGCGUAGAUAACGUGCAAGAAUUGUUUGCCAUUUUAGCAAAGCUAGUAACAACAAUUCUCUUCUUGGCCAAAUCAAGGAGUGAGACAGAAAAUGGGGGGAAAUCCAUGUUUUGUUGGGGAUUUAAAUUUGUUUGUUUAUUUGCUUGCUUGCUCGUUUAUUUUAGUAAUUGGUUUUAUACUUGUAAGCCACCUUGGGCAAAAAAGCAGUACAGUCGAGUCACAUCUAAUGCACAUUGAACUUAUGCAAUUUCAACUAUGCAAACUCUGUUGCAACUCCAUUCCAGGAGCCAUUCCAGCCUUUUUCUUUGGCCCUUUGGGACAUGUCUGCCUUCCUCUCUCUGCUUCCCUCCCUCCUCCCUUCUACCAUUCACUCACAGGUGGAGGAGUGAGGGGAAGCAGCAGAGACACCGAAAAAGGUCUCCCCAUGGGGCUUCCCCACACCUGCCAGCCAGAAAAGGGUAAUUUGGGCUGCAUGCAAUUUUUUCAUAUGUGCACUAUCCUUGGAAUGUAAUCCCAGUAUACGAUGUGGCUCAAAUGUAUGCAAAAAUAUUAUUAUUUAAUUCACAUUUAAAUUUUCAGGAAAGCCCAUCUCUGUGUAUAUGCACGAACACAAUGACCGCUUUUUGACACUAUUUUAGGGAUGCUUCACUAGCAUGAUGCAGGGUGCAGGGAGAUAAGUGGAAGAAAUCAAACUUUGGUGUAUGCUGUGGAAGUAAUUUUAGAUUUUUCCAAAUUUUUAGAUAUUUUCCCACUUAAAACAGAAAACAGGAAGAGUUAAAUGCAAUGCAAUGCCAAGCAAGCCAGGGUAAAGCAUAAUGAAUAAUAACAAAGGGGAGUUAAUUGCCUCACAAUUUUUUUUAAAAGGGGCAGACUUUGAGUUUAUCAUGAGUGGCAAGAUGUAUCCUGCAUUCUGAAAGAUCCUGGUGAAUACCAAAUCCACGGUGCUUUCUUCCCUGCGCACGUCAGGCCUGUGAUUUUCCCCUUCCUUAUUAAGGCCUCCAUUUAAAAUUCAAAUUUGAUUAUGCUAGAUAAAUACAUACACACAAAAAAUAGUUCUGAAACCUGAUCACUUGGUAGAGGCCAACGUUACUCAGAUACUGGAGGAUAAUAAUUAAAUUUGAAAUUGCAGGUAUAAUUAGCAGGAGAUAAUAGAGUUUUCUCUCUCAGGAGUCCAAGUUGCUGUUCUUUCAUAACUGGUAUCUUUCUUCCUUAUUUAUUUAGAUUUUGUUUUUAAUCCACCUUUUCCUCCAACAAACUUACAGUAGUACAUUAUGACUGGCCCAAAGUCACUUAUUAAACAUUGUGGCUGUCUGGAGAUUUAAUUCCUGCGUUGCGGUGGAUUGGAGGUGAUGACCCCUAGAGUCCCUCCCACCUCUACAAUGGUAUGGUUCUAACUGGAAGAGCCAGUUGACGGACUAGGUCCUGAACUCCCUUGACAACUUUAAAGGGAGUUUGCCUUUUAGUCAAAUGGUCUAGUGUUCUGAGGGUCUCCUUUACUGAACAUGUAACACAAGUAAUUCCUUAUGAGAACAUAAGGAAGGCAUUCUAGAUCAGGCCAAUGGUCGCCUAGUAAUAGAAUGAAUCUCAGCUAAAGAAUCCCUGUCAGAUGGCCACCCAACCUCUGCUUAAAAAAUAUCCAAUGUAGGAGAGUUCACCACCUUCCGAGAGAAAAGGUUCCAGUGUUGAACCACUCUAACCACAAGAAAGGGAGUCCAUUCCACUGUCAAACAUCUCUUACAAUCAAUAUGUUCUUCCUAAUGUUUAGUUGGAACUUAUUUUGUAGUAAUUUGAAUCCAUUGAUUCGGGUCCUACCCUCCGGAGCAUCUUUUUCUCGCAGUGACCUUCCAGAUACUUGUGGGAAACCUGCAAGCUGGACCCAAGCCUGAGUAAAACUCUCCCUCCCUCUGGUUUCCAGAAACUGAUAUUCAUAAGCAUUAGUGCCUCCGAGCUUGGAGGCAGAGCAUAGCCACCAUGGCUGGUCGCCAUUGGUAGCCUUCUCUCCAAUCCUCUUUUAAAGCCAUCCAAGGUGGGUGGCCAUCACAAUGCAUAGUCCCAUGGGCGAAAUAUAUACUGGUAUAUAUAUAUAUAUAUAUAUUUAGAGUGAUGAAGAAUUAUUGUGCUUUUUGCAAAGUCUCAUUGAGAGUCACAUUGCAAUUGGUCUUUUUUUUUGCCUACCCAAACAUGGAGCACUGCUUACUCUCUUGAAUACAAUACCUUGGUUGUUAAAGGUAAAGGGACCCCUGACCAUUAGGUCCAGUUGCGGACGACUCUGGUGAUACAGCGCUCAUCUUGCUAUACUGGCUGAGGGAGCUGGCGUACAGCUUCCGGGUCAUGUGGCCAGCAUGACUAAGCCGCUGCUGGCAAACCAGAGCAGUGCACGGAAACGCCAUUUACCUUCCCACAGGAGUGGUACUUUUUUAUUUAUUUGCACUUCGUGCUUUCAAACUGCUAGGUUGGCAGGAGCAGGGACCGAGCAAUGGGAAUUCACCCCAUUGCGGGGAUUCUAACCAUCUACCUUCUGAUCGGCAAGCCCUUGGCUCUGUGGUUUAACCCACAGCGCCACCCGCAUCCUUUGAAGCUUAGUUGUUACGAUGUGGUAAAAUGUGUCUGAGCCGCAUUCCUGGUGCACCACCCCAUUCCCUUUUUUUCAAAAUCUCUUCUCUUCCACCUGCAGUUGUGCCCAGAGUGGGAACACGAGGAGGAACAGCCACCAGCGUAAAAUCAACCAGCAGGAAGAGAGUUGUCAGAAUCUGACGGACUUCACCCCAGCCAGAGUCCCUAGCAACCUGGAUAUAUUCACGGCCUACAAUGAGACGCUACAGUGUUCCCAUGAAUGUGUGAGGACGCCAGUGCCGGUCUACGCGGAGGAGACAAUACUUCCCCCAGGGGAUUAUAAAACAUCCUUCAAUGGAAAUAGGUAAGGAAGCAAAAGCUCGUUCGGACUCAUCCAUUUGCAUUUAGUGGAUAUUGGAUUUGGUGGUUGACAUCAUGAGCAAAAUAGAGUCUCUCUUUCUUUCUUUCUUUCUUUCUGUCUGUCUGUCUCUCCCACACAAGCACAAGUAAGGUAAAACUGUUAAGUGCCUCCUUCCACAUCGUCACAUUUCCCUCUGGAGGGAAACUUAGAAAAGCUGGCAAAAGCAGGGGUCCAGAUAGAAUUGAAUGUUUCCCCUAUAUGUUUACACCCAUACCUUGACUGAAAAGGACCACACCCAUCUCUGUGUACACCAGUGGUAGCCAUUGUGGAGCCCUCCAGUUUUUGCUGGACUUCAACCAGUAGAGGUAGGCCCAUUAAGGAGAAUGGGGCACUUCCCCACCAACCCCAUCUUACCCUCAGCCAUUCACCACCUGCCUUCUUAACUGCAUCCAGCCCAUGGGGGCGGCACCGUCCGACAUUUCCCUCCUUCUAAGUCUGAGUGUUGCCUUUACAGAACUCAGCAGGGAGGCGGCGGCACGAUAGUUAUUAUUUAACUAUUGCAUUUGUGUCCCACCUUUCUUCCAAGGACCUCAAGGUGGUUCAUGUUGUCCUUUUUCUUUUAUCCUCACAAGAACCCCAUGAAUUAGGUUAGGCUGAGAGGCAGGGACUGGCCCAGGUCACCCAGGGAGCAUCAUGGCUGAGUGUGGGGAUUUGAACCCUGGUUUCAAAUUCUUAGUUUGACACUGUAACCACUACACCUUAGUGACUAUCUACUUAUCAUUAGUUCGGGCUCUGCCUGCCAUUAGCUCUGGUUCCUCCAAGUGUUGGCCUCCUCGCCUUCCACUCUCCCCGUCCCAGCGGUUUCCAGUCUCCACUGACUAAAACUCCCAACACUUCCAGCCAGCAUGGCUAAUGGUCAAGGGGGGAUGAUGGGAGGUGAUUUCCAGCAACUUCUGGAGGGCACCACGCUGGCUAAUCCCGUAUGUACACCCUGAACAGCAGUUUUAUCCUAUAUGCCCUGAGCCAGAUACAUGUUGAAAUUCUCAACACUAGAGCAAAGAUUUCAAUGUGUGUCUGUAUUAGAUGUGACAACAGCCCAAUGCCCCCCAUUGUAAAACAGAGAGGCAACCAAUCUGUGUGUCAUAGUCUGCCAGGAAGAGUUGCCCUACGUUAAUCUGUCCCAGGACUGAACCAGAAAGCUGAUCAUAGAUCUCUCUUCCCAACUUCAUGUUCCAUUCAGUGUAACUCAGGGUGAAUCCAAACAACUGACAACCCUUUGGUGACUAGUUUUCUGAGUGAGUGUCAAGCGAUGGUAGUCACUAUUCACUCCUUAUCUAUUAAACCACUUCUCUACAUUCCAACCUCUAUGAUGGGAUGAGAAGGGGGAUAAAAAACCUGGAGAAACUGUAAUAAGAUAAUUUUUCAGUUUGAAGAUUGAGGGGUGAGGGAAUCACUUUGUGGUGUGUUCCUCCAACGUGACAUCAAAAUUUAUUGUCUGAAAUAGUCCUGUUUGCAGGACGUUCUGCAACUAUCUUUUUCUCAGUUUGAAAAGGAUCUCUGGGACAACCCAACACACACACAAAUACACCCACACACCCACAACUCCUCCUCUGUCUCCCACACACAAUAUUUGUUCUACUGGUUCUAAUUAAUGUGAAGUGAAGUUUUGCAAGCACUGUGGUUAAUGUGAGAUUGUGGGGUGUGGAUUCUUUUGUCCAGCUUGAGAACACUGAAUAUGGGAGGGCAAGAUAGGCACUGAGCGUAGUAUUCAACACUAAUCCUGCUCAGAGUAAACUCACUGAAGUUAAUGGACAUGGCUAAUUUAGGUUCACUGAAUCUGUGCAGGACUUGGUUGAAUACUGCCCCAUAAGUGUGAAAUGUUAAGCAUUUUCUCAGAAUCCUAUAAUCUGUUGAGUGCAUCUGAUUGAAUGACCAGAAAAGCAGCCAUGAUGAAAUAUACUCUCAGUUGCUUAGGGGCCAAUUGCAUGCAACUCUGAGGGUUUUGUCAAUGUUUGUGUGUGUGUAUUUGUGUUUGACACUGGAAUCAUGACUAUCCAUUGCGAAUCCCCUCCCUCCCUCCCACAGGAGACGUGGAUGAUUGCUAGGAGAGGCAUAAACUCAGCCUUCCCCAUCUUGGCGUUUACAGAAGUGGGUGGACUCCAGCUCCCACCAGUCCCAGCUAGCACAGCCAAUGGUCUGGGAUGAUGGGAAUUGUAGUCCAAACAUUUGGAGGGUCCUAGGCUGGGGAAGGCAGUCCAAUGCCAUUGUUGUUGAUGCUACUACCAAAAGCAAGUUUGGGGGGCAGGAAUGGAACUCCUGUUCAAUUCUUAUAUCAACACUUAUAAGCACUUCCUAAGAAUUGUAAAUAUCUAGACCACAAGUGGCUAACCUGCACACACGCACACCCAGAUGUUCGUGGGCUAUAAUCCCCACAAUCUCUGAACAUUGGCCAUGUUCUUGGGGCUGAAGGGGACCUACAUCCUACAACAUCUGGAGGACCACAGGUUCCCCACCCCGAUAUAUAGAUAUAAAGCACCCUUCCCAACCCAAUUCCAUCCAAAUGUUGUUAGACUUAAGUUCAGGGGGUGAUCAACACCCGGAGGACUCCAGGCAGAUGAGUGUUGCCCUUGCUCCUCUGGAAGCCUCCCUUGGACAACUUAAUUUUGCCAAGUUGUGUGUCCUAUCCCACUCAUCAAAUUCUUGCUUGAUGGAACUGAAACCCACCCAGACUCUAUAUGUUCACUAUAUAUCUUUUUGAUUCCCUUUGACCAUCCCACUAAAGCCACAGCCAGCAAACAUGAUCCUGUGUUGUUCAGCCACUCCUUGAUUUUUAUUUUUUUGCCCAAUCUGCUUGCUACCUUUGUCAUGCUGUUGCCAUGCUUCCAUGGUCGACUCCCAUUUCACAUAGGAAAAGUUUCUCAAUCAUCUUACUUCCCAGGCAAAAAAUGCCCACUGCAUCCAUAAUUUGAUGUUAUGAAUGUAACCUGAUUAUUGGGAACUGAUGGCUAUGUCAGAAAGGCAAUUUUAAGUUGAACCUUGCCUGCCUGUCCACAGAUAUUGUAGUAUCCCACAAGUCCCAAUGCAAUUGGAGUACAUCCAACGAUGCUACGAUCAUUUUAUUUGGCUUAAGAUUGAGAGGCAACUUGGCCACCAAAAAGUCUGUCUUUAGAAGAGUCUUGCUGAUGAUCAGUGCAAAGAUUUCCAACCAAACAUUUGCUGCAUACUUGAAGCAUGCUUGAACUUCAUCUACUAAACCCAAUUAAGAUUCUGAGAAAUCUCCACACUACUGCUUCGUCCCUGUUGGUCCAAAUUUAGAACUGAACUUAAAUAGGGAAAGGGGACACCGCUCAGAUUCUGCAGGGUCCCCAGGAAUUGGGGGGGGGGGGGUUAGUUGCAAUCUAUGGGUGGGAAUACUCUUGUGGAAAUCUUUGUGGGUGUUGUGGACACUAGCUGAAGUGCCGAGAUGUGGGCUUCCUGGUGGGCAGAAGAUUGACAAGGAUUUUUCAACCAUUUCAUUGUGUGCCUGUCUUUGUGAUGCUGGAAUAUGAGCCGCAGCCAACCAAUGCGUGGGAAGCCAUAGAGUGGCGGUUUUGGGGAAGUGGGGAUGAAGGGCGUAUCUAUGUGUCUGUGUGUCUGUGUUUUCCUGUUGUACCUGUGAACUGUGGAGAACCGUUUCCUACAGGUGCCUUUCCAUUUUUAUGCUCCUCUUUCUGUAUUCUUCCCUGGCAGGUGUGCAUUGGCUGGAAAGGGUUCAUUGCGGUUUAUUUCUAUCUUUAAAAAAGCGCGGGGGGGGGGAGAGAAUAUGAUUUUUGUCUAAAGGUGGUGCUUUGUUGGGAAUUAUUGGUCUCUGCUCAAUUCUUUCAGAUUUGGCAAAAUUGCCGGUCUUGCAAUUUUUUUACAGAGGAAAUCAGAGGGUACAACUUUUCAGUUUUUUGCAUGGCCGAAAGCCAUUGGCCUGGUAUCAAGCAGGCAUCUUAAACAGCCUAUGACUGUGUCUGCAAAGCUCAUUGGAAAAGCACAAAACCACAACAUAAGAUACAAAUAUGACUCUUUCCCCUGUAUCUGAGACAUCUCAGUGUAGGGAUUGAGGCUUCAGUUGCCCUUAUAAGCCCUAUAUGGUUAUUAAUAUGGCUAUUAGAGCCUCUGUAUCCUUCAACAGAGGGAACACAGGUGGCGCUAUGGUCUAAACCACAGAGCCUAGGGCUUGCUGAUCAGAAGGUCGGCAGUUCAAAGCCCCGUGACAGGGUGAGCUCCCGUUGCUCGGUCCCUGCUCCUGCCAACCUAGCAGUUCAAAAGCACGUCAAAGUGCAAGUAGAUAAAUAGGUACCGCUCCAGCGGGAAGGUAAACUGUGGUUCGCCAGAAGCGGCUUAGUCAUGCUUGCCACAUGACCCGGAAGCUGUCUGCAGACAAACGCCAGCUCCCUCGGCCAAUAAAGCGAAAUGAGCGCCACAACCCCAGAGUCGUCAGUGACUGGACCUAAUGGUCAGGGGUCCCUUUACCUUUUAUCCUUCGACAUGGGUGAUAUAGCAUCCACUAAGGUCCCAUGUUGGGAUACCAAUACUGACUGGGGAUUUUGUUUGUUUUAAUCUGGGGUGGGUUUUCCCCCUACACCUUCAAAAAAACCCCCACUUUCCUCUUGGAACACCCGCAGAAACCAAUACAACCAUCCAAAGCAUCGUUUUGAAAUUAUAGUCCCCACUCAAAAUAUGAAAAGAAAAAGCUGAUUUUGGGCUGCAGACGUAGCUAGAUUUACUUGCUGUGUGUUACACAUUGCCACGUGCCAGUCGAUUUUUCUGCUUGCUGCAGACCCUCCUCCUCUGAUCGGCAUCUAAUCCCUGUGGCCUUUGUGUCUGAGAAAUGGUUUGAAAUCUCCUGUUGACCAGCCGAAGUCUGUUUUAUUUCCUGGGGGCAGGGCAGACGCCAUGUGUCCAUUUCCUGGUACGUACCUUCUCUUCCGCCAUUUUUAUUCCCAAAUCACCAAUCUGUCCGCCCAGUGAAAUCCCUCCCACACUUUCCAAUUGCACCCCUGCUGUGAUCGAAGGGAGCUCCCCGAUGCUUUUAAUUAAAAUGCCUUGCUAGUUUACACAGAAAAAGAAAAAGAGGGAAAGCGAGCACGACUUUUGCUCUGCAAACGCCAAACAUUUGCUGCUACAUUAAUCUAUCGAACCUUUGUUUUUAAUCUGUUUUAGAUUAUCGCAGUUACGCAAGGCGCUUAUCACAGCAGGGCUGAAAUUGCUUGCAUGCAGAGGUGGCAUUGGAACAACUAACGUUAAGCAUGUUUCAGAUGAAUUUAAAUUAUUGUAAUGAGUUGCUUUCAUUUCCUUACCUGAUGUUAUUGCUUCAGAUUGUUUUGUAAUAAUUGAUUACAAGUCAGGAUUCCUAAACAUUUAGUUAUAAAAAAUGUCUAGUGAAGAAACAAGGAGAGGGUCUGGUGUUUUGCCACUUCUGUAAUAGAACACACACAUGCCUUUUUAUUUGGUGCUUAGGAUGGGUAACAAUAUUGUACAGGCAUCUCAAAAGCACAUGGUCUAAAUUCAAACAGGGAUGGUGGGAGGAUGUUGAGGAACUCCUACUUCUGUUGGAUAACCAACGUAGCCCAUGUUCAGGGGUGAUGCGGGCUGUAUUGCAGCGAAAUCUGAAGGACUACAGGUCCUCAGUCCUUGAAUUAGAUGGAUGGAGAGGAAGAGGGGGGUGAGUCAGAGAAGGGAAAAAAAAGGCAUUGGUUUUUGUUUUGUUUUGUUUUGCAAAAUCACCUUCCAAAAUUCGCCCUUCCUUCCACAAAUAAUUCAGCUUCUUUUAGAGAUUAAUUAAUUUGUAUACCCCCUUCAUCCGUAGAUCUCAGGGUGGUUCACAGCAUCAUCCAGUAGGAAAUUUGGAGCAAAACUGGAGUUUAGGGGGUACAAAGUUUACCCCACCCACAAAACCAACCAACCAACCAUUAAACUUUAUCUUCAAACUCAUUUCUCCAUCCAUAAUGAUAGUUGUUCAGGUGUCUCGGUCUUGUGGUGAACCAGAGACAGAAAACUGUGGCAAGGUUUCUUAGGCAAGGUGAGAAAACUAUUCUGUUUUUGCACGCUGUGGUUUACAGCACAGCAAAGUAGGGGAAGGCACAUAUGCAAGGGGUUAACUUGGCUAAAGCCUCUGAAGCAUCGAAAGAAGUGGGAGAACUCCUCUGGUCUUCCAGUGGUUCCAUUACCCAGGGAUACACCCUUCUCACCCACCCACAGUUUGCUUUUGCCGCCUCCCAUUCCUUAUGUGCCUUCAAGAGCAUCAUUUCAGAGGAAAGGAAUUGCAGGCUGUGUACGAAUGACAUUUUAUUCUAGAAUCCAUGGAAACCAAGUCCUUUCCCGCUCCCAAACACAAUCUCAACCUACUGUGUAUUUUUAUUUUUUGCUCAUGAAAAGCACUUCUGGAGAAACUGGUUUCAUUCUAAAAACAAAAGCUCAUUGCAAUUUAUUCUGCCUCACCCCACAGUAUAUCCAUUUGAAGACAAAAGGAACUGGAUGUAGGAGAUCCUAGCGAGGUGGGUUGCAGGCCCGUGCAGGGAUGGGGGGGGCAGUUGGGUACACUUGCCCCAGGCCUCAGAGGGCUAAGCCAGGUGGAGGCCCUCAACAGGGACUGGCUGCUUUUUUGUUUGAGUUUAUAACUUUAUUCUAACAAGACUUCCACCCUGGACCUCAGACAAGCGCUGCAUGGACCUGGUGGGGGUGUAUCCACACAUACCCAGUGACAUUUUGGGUGGGCAUAUAGGACGGCUGUCCACCCGACUCAAUCAAUAAAUCAGGUCUAUGCAGAGGGACUUGGGUGUUGGAUGAGUCGGGUUCAGACAGCCAUGAAUUUCCAAGGGUUGGAAUGAAUGGUCCAUGACUGUCAGGGAGCAGGGCAUCAGGAAGGCAGGAGACCAGGCAAGGAAACCCCACACAAAAAAAUCUAGGCUCUACCUCUGCAUCACCAGCUGCAUCUUCCAGGAGAAGGUAAACCCAGCUUAGGUGGGUCUUCUCACAGCAAGGCUGUGAGUGUUCUCUGCAGGCAUCCUACCCAGGGGGCUGUGUGCUGUGUGCCCUCACCCUUCUGAUAACCACCUUCACAUAUCUGAAGGACUUUCACAUGGAAGGUGGGACAAGCUUGUUUCUGGCUGCUCCGGAGGGAAGGACCCCAACCAAUGGAUUCAAAUGGCAAGAAACGAGAUCCUAGCUAAACAUUGGGAAGAAUUUGCUGGCGGUAAGAGCUGUUUGAGAGUGGAAUAGACUCCCUUGGAAGGUGGUGGUCUGUCCUUCGACCGAGGUUUUUAAGGAGAGUUUGGAUGGCCAGCUCUCAGGGAUUCUUCAGCUGUGAUUCCUGCAUUGCAGGGGGUUGGACUGGAUGGCACUUGGGGUCCCUUCCAAGUAUACAAUUCUAAAAUUCUAUGAUCAUCACUUGGGUUCAUACAAAACAGCCCUUGUGUGCAGCAUAAGGUUUGAAGACCUGCCUGGGGAACGGCAGUAAUGGGGUCAUGGCAGUCAGUGUCAAUGAGACACAUAGGGUUGCAUGAGUAUGAGUGAAUGUGUGUGUGUGUGGUGAUGCAAAGGUUGUGCUGGGGGUGCAUAGCUGUCAACCUUCCCUUUUUUUGCGGGAAAUUCCCUUAUUCCAGCGCCGUUUCCCGCUGCUAUCCCGGAUUGUUAGAUAUCCCGUAGACUGUCUCAGGGACAGGUGAGGCUGCUGAUCCCUUAUUUUUGAGGCUGCUGAUCCCUUAUUUUCAAAUCUGAAAGUUGACAGCUAUGUGGGGGUGGUGUCUUCACCACUGUGGGUUCUCUUUCAGUAGUGGGCACCAUGGUGGUACAGAUCCAUUCAUGCGAUCUCCAUUUGUCCCUUUUGCUACUGCUUAGGGCACAGUCCUCCUCCAAAGGUAUAUUCUGCGACAGAUGUGCUGAUGUUCUGGCUUGGUCAAGGUGGAGCGGCAAGGCUUGGAAGCUUAGUUUAGAGUAAAGGAGAGUAAGAGGGGACAUGAUCAGAAUUUGUAAAAUGAUGCAUGGCAUGGAGAAAGUGGGUAGCAACACUACAACUUGUGGACAUCCAAGGAAGCUGAGUGUCAGAAGACUGAGGACAGAUUCGUGCUCCUCCAUGCAGCACAUAGUUAAAAUAUGUAACUCACUCCUGCAGGAAGAAGCAACAGAAGCCAGCCUAGAUGGUUUUAAAAAGAGUGUUAGACAAAUUCAUGGAGGAGAGGGCUAUGGGUGGCUGCCAGCCAGGAUGGCUCUGCUCUGCCUCUGAAUACGUGUUGUAAGCAAUAAUGCUUCUGAAUACAGUGGUACCUUGGUUUAAGGACAGCUUAGUUUAUGAACAACUUGGAUUAAGAACGCUGCAAACCCGGAAGUAGGUGUUUUGGUUUGUGAACUUUGCCUUGGAAGCGGAACAUGUUCCGCUUCCUGUCGAGUGUGUUCCAUUUGUAAAUUGAGUCCCCCACUGCUGUGGGAAAGCACGCCUUGGUUUAAGAACGCUUUGGUUUAAGAAUGGACUUCUGGAAUGGAUUAAGUUCGUAAACCAAGGUACCACUGUACCAGUUGGUGGAAAUCACAGGAGGAGAGAGGGCUCUUGGGCUCAGGCCCUGCUUUCAGGUUUCCUAUUUGGGCAUCUGGUGGGCCAUUGUGAGAACUGAAACUAGAUGGACCAUUGGCUUGAUCCAGCAGGGCUUUUCUUGUGUUCUUUUUUUCUUUCUUUGUUCUUAUGAUUCCGAAUUCCCACUAAGGUCUGAUGAUACUAGAAAUGUUACAGCCAUUCCCCCCUCUCUCUCCUUUAGUAUCUGCGGUGUCUUUCAUGUUGUUCCUUUGAAGGUGGCCUUGUAGACUGCAGCGGGAGGGGAAAAGCUAUUAGACAUAACCCGCCAUUUCACUGUAGGGUAGCCAGGCCAGUUUUAAGCCAAGCAGUCGAGCAAAUUAAUUGGUCAGUCUCGAAUCUGCUCCCUCCCCGAACCAUCAUAAUGAAUCACGGAUCUCCCCUAAAUGAAAUUUUCCAGCCUUCGCUAACUGUGACUUGCUCGGAAUUGCCCGUUUAACAUCAUGCCCAGCCACUGAGCAUUACAAAAAGGUAAUUAGAUUAGAACAGAAAAGAGAAUAAAAAGUUAACGGCCUCCGCUGAAGCUGCUCCACACAGCUAUUUCGGGGGCUGCUGAGAUGAAAUAUGAGAUUGUCAGAGGCUCAGGAUGAGGAUGGGGCAUAGAAAGCUGCCUUGUACCAAGUCAGACCAUCAAUACAUCUAUCUCAGUACGAAGACAGGAGUGCCUGGCGUGCUCUGGUCCAUGGGGUCACGAAGAGUCGGACACGACUAAACGACUAAACAACAACAACAACAAUCUCAGUACACCUUUUAGGGGGAGGGCCAUGUUUGGCAUGCUGAAGGCAUCUUCAGCUACAGUGUCUGCAGAAAUCUUUUCCAGAUAUUUUCUUUUUUUCCCCAGUGGGAGGUAAUAUUUGUGGGUGGAGGGCCAAAGUAAAACACUGAAAUGGUUGAGCUGGCCAGUGUCUCACACAAAAUGCUGUCUGUACAUUUGGACUCAUAUCGCUGGUUCUAAAAAUGCUAGAAAUCUCUUUUUUUAAGAAAAGAAAUGAAUGAAAGCUGGGAAUCUGCAGAGUAUGGUUCAACCUGGGGGCAUCAAGGAAGGCCUUUGAAGGCAUCAUGGUGCCUGUCAGGUACACUAGGUUGGGAACACAUGAAGAUGGACCAAUGAGCUGGCUUGGUGUAAGGCUCCAAGACAGAGCAGGGGAAGGGGGGGGUGGGAGAGACCUUACUUUUGCUGAACUAGCUGCCAUUCGCCUACUACCAGCAGGGACAGCACAAUAUGUUUUGUUGCUGAGCUGGAACAGCAAAUGUUGUCCCACCUGAACAGGAAGGUGCAGAAAUCCCAAAGGCCCCUUUCCUUGUACUAAAAACCAUUAAAUAACUGAACAUUGUUCUGCUUCUUACAUGGCAUUAAAAACAAACAAACAGGUGUGUAGCAGGCAUCUGGUUCAGAAGUCCCUUCUGUACCCUGAGAACCACCUCCACAAAUUCUGUAAAUUAUUAUAGAUUAUUAUAACCAGCCCAUCAACACUGCAUCUUGAAGAACAAUUCAGCCAAUCAAAUCCUCCUGGAACUUUGGACCCUGUGGGAACCCUGUAGUCCAUCUGUUGUUAGUUAUUAACAUUCUCUCCAAUAUCCUUCCUGAGAAGAAAUCCUUGGUUAAAUCGGCAAGAUCUUACAGCAAAAAACCAAAUACAGCUCUGGACCUAUAAAAUAUUAUUCUGUGUAGUUCUAGGGGAAAACAAGAAAAGAAAAGAACCCCAGAGUAUUGCUUACAUCCUUCAAAAGUCAAUGGACAUGCUCUGUGAAGUCUGCAACAUUUCUAUACAAGGGAAAUUAGCUCUUUAAUAAUAUUUAUAAUAUAUUGAUAUGGAAGUGUGUAUUAUUCCAGCCCCUGGGACAGAGUGGGUGAGAUUGCAAGUGAAGGUAGUAUAAAUGGCAAGUGAGGGCACUGUUUGCAAAAUUGCCAAGAAAUGAUAAAAUGGGAAAGUGGUCGCUUUUCAAUGCCACCAAAAAUCCCUCCUCUAAACAGUCAGUUCAACUAAGCACUAACUCUAUUCUUAUUAAAACUUUACGCCUGAACCCUGAAUUAGAGCCAUGUAGAAAGGGCCUCUUGGAAUUCUCUGGAGAAAUUGGAAAGACUCCUUGAAUUUAUUCAGCUUCUCUGGGUGGAGCUCACCAGUAGAAAUAAUAGUUACAUUACCUAUUUCCUUUUGCAUAAGUUUCUUCUUCUUCUUCUUCUUCUGACAUUUUGCAUUCUCACCGAUGCACCAGACCAAGCAUAAUUCCAAGCAAACCUAUUGAGGUUUCAGUGUGAGCUGAAAGGCAACCAUUAGCUUUUCAUUAGAAAUGCUAACAACCCUGCCAAAAAAUGCAACCAUUUGAACUAUCAGCAUGAAGCAGGAAGCACCUCAAAGGAAAGGAAAGAUGUUCCCAGCCUUUGAUUCCCCCCUCCCAAUUCUCUUUCCCCAGCUGAUGACCAUUCCUGCUCUGAAAUAAGUCCCAGAGCAACUUUCCUCCCCCACCUUACCACCCGUUUUCUCUGCCUUGGGUGUUUUAAUUUUCACCCGGAAAGAUGGGCUGUAAGUGCCCCCAAGAAAUAAGAGACAGGCAAAGAAGCAUGCAACAAGACCUCAUUUCACUUUCUAAGGAAACAGAGAGAGAUGCUUAUGGGAGGAGGUGCUCCCUGAGAACCGUAAUUUGGAUGAGAAGAGGUGAUAAAAAAAAAUCCUCAAGAAGCAUAAAAGAGCCCACAUAAGUCCUUUGGGCCUCCAGUUGUGAAUAUCUGCUUGGCUGCCAUCCCAGGGACUCUUGCUCCUCUUCCUUUGACUAAGAAGGCACCAAAUUGAGGUCACAGAAGAUUCCACAUCAAGGAGUGACCUAGUUUGCAAAUUGAGGCCAUGGAGAAAAGCUGUUAAGAGCGUAAUAAAUAUACAGGUUGCUACUGACACGUCUCUGUCUCUGUAGCUUCACUCUGCAGCGCUUAUUAGUGUCUGCACAGUGCUGAGAAACCAGAUCUGGUGGUUCAGCUAAGAUCAAAUUGUUACGUACGUGUGUGUGUGUGUGUGUGUGUGUGCAGGACAGCUUGUGGUAUAGGGGAUGUUCCAAGGGGGUUCCGAUUUGGCAUUGCACAGUGAUAUAAGCCGCAGCAUCAGGCUGGGUUACUGUUACUGUGCAAGCUGGAGGUACCUGGUGUCCUGGCCUGAUUCUGCCUGAUGCCAACAAAAGCUUUUUUAGUAUUAGUCCACGUAAAGUAGCUCAUCUCGUCUUGAGGGGCAGUCAGAGAACUGUGUUGCGCUGGUGGUGGGGCUGGAGAUUAAGUAUCAGGAAGAAGGCUGUUAAUUAAGAUUUCAGAUCACCGCAUGAUUUGGGGAACUGGAAACUCAAUGUGAGGUAGGAGAGGACUCCAUAUUGGAGCAGGGGUUGCUUGUUUUCCACUGUCCCAAAGGAUUGAACCAAUGGAUUCAAAUGAUAAGAAAGGAGAUUCCAGAUAAACAUUUGUUGUUGUUGUUGUUUAGUUGUUUAGUCGGGUCCGACUCUUCGUGACCCCAUGGACCAGAGCACACCAGGCACUCCUGUCAUCCACUGCCUCCCGCAGCUUGGUCAGACUCAUGUUUGUAGCUUCGAGAACACUGUCCAACCAUCUCGUCCUCUGUCGUCCCCUUCUCCUUGUGCCCUCAAUCUUUCCCGGCAUCAGGGUCUUUUCCAGGGAGUCUUCUCUUCUCAUGAGGUGGCCAAAGUAUUGGAGCCUCAGCUUCAGGAUCUGUCCUUCCAGUGAGCACUCAGGGCCGAUUUCCUGAUAGGUUUGAUCUUCUUGCAGUCCAUGGGAUCCUCAAGAGUCUCCUCCAGCAUUAAACAUUAGGAAGAACUUCUGAGGUAAGAGCUGUUUGACAGUGGAACAGAUUCCCUCAGAAGUUGAUUGACUCUCCUUCAUUGGAAGCUUUUCAACAGAGUGCGGAUGGCCACCAGUCAGAAAUUCUGUAGUUGCGAUUCCUGCGUUUCAGGGGGUUGGACUGGAGGAUCCUUGGGGAUCCCUUCCAACGCUACAAUUCUAUGGUUCUAUAAUUCCUUCAGACACCCCCCCUCCCCAACUUGGAGCUUUUCAGUUGUUUUCAAUGUUGGGGAGCAUUUUUUCCCUCAACUUGCUGGUAGCAGUGUCUAUCCCAGUGGUUUGUGGUUCCCAUUUGUACUUAGAAUUUUCAUCUUGAUGAUGUAGCUUUAUUCUGAAGGGGAUGGGGAUAGGAUGGAACCCAUCAGAUCCUGGGAGAUGAACUGGCAUGGAGGUGGGAAUAAGAGGCGAGCCUGGAGACAAUCUGUGGGACCUUUCACCCAUCCAACCCGUCUCCAUGAUUUCAAGCUACAAGUCUACUAUAGUGCCUUUUUUGGUUAUAAAUGAAAUAUGCUUCAAUCAGCUAGCCUUUGCUUCCCCACCCCCCACAAGGUUCCAGACUACAACUCCUGUCAACCAAGGGGUUGUAGCACAGAAGAUCUGGAGGCCACCAGACUGACAAAGGCUGAGAUGGAGAAAUGUACAAUUUUGCUUCAUCCACUUCUCUCUGAAUCAUUUUAGCUCCAGGGUCUGGCUUCCUGUUGUAUGUUUGCUUUAUGGUUGGUAACCUGGCAAGGUCAUCGCUCCCUGGUUUGUUUAUUUAAUUGUUGCAUUUCUAUCCUUCCCCCCUCCCCAAGGAGCUCAAUGUGAUGGAUACAUGGUCCUCUCCCUCCUCAUUCAUUUCCCACAACCCUAUGAGGUAGGUUAGGAUAAGAGGUUUUGGACCUUGAUCUCCCGAGUCCAGCACCUUAACCACUACACCCCAUUGGCUCUCAAUAAAGGCCACGAAGCAGGUUGUGAGAAAAGGACCUCCAGCACAACCAUAAACAGAACUCUUUCUAAACCUCCCCCUCAAAAAAGAGAUAUGAAUGGCAGUGUUGAGAGAGGGGUGUGCCCCUUUUGAGUCUAGCCUGCUAGCCAUUGCACAAACAGCAAUUAACUUUAAAUGUAAUUAAAGUUUAGUUGCAAUACAUGGUACUUAUCUCCUGCAUGUCGGCUAAUCCUCAAUAGAUGUAACUCUAAUGAUGAUUUACGGUUUUGCUAACGCGUCCCUUAAUCUAAAUUAAAUGUGUAGUGAUACUAAAGACCUCUCCUCUCUCUCACCCGCACCCAGAUUGCACACUUGUGGGCUAAGUGGUCGGGAGGAGGAGAGGUGAACACCUCAGAACAGGAUCGGGGCCAUGUGCUGCUGCUUCCCUUCCUCUGGCGAGGAGGUCACAUUCAUGAGGGCUGGUUCAUGCUUUGGACAUUUUGAAUUACUGGCGCAUUACAAGAGGCCACUGCAGACAGGAAUGCCCAGGACUUUUUGCUGCUGGAAGCAAAAGAGAAAACGCUGCCCUUGUUUCUGCAACCACCACUAUGUGCCCUCUGCUGCCAUGCAUCCCCUGCCACCUGGUGCUGCAUGGAUGUUCAGUGGAGGAAGUGGCAGUGGCUGUCAAGCAUAGGAGGCAGUGAGCGGUGCUCUCCUUGGAGGCUGGAUCUCCUGUCCCUCCCAGCUGUCUGGAGGGGCCACUGCCUCAACUUGCCUCAUGGGUGGGCCAGCCCUGACCACAAAUACAGCACUACAAGCUGAGCUUUCAGAGCAGCUUCAUCAUUGUAGUUUUCAGCUGAGUUAAAUCAUAGCAUAAUGUCAAUAAGUUGCAUCAAUAAGAACAUAAGCAGUUAGUCUUGCUGGAUCAGACCAAAGGCCCAUCUGUUGGAAGAUUCAGGACACGUCAAAUAAAGUCCUCAAAGGAAAACAGGGCCCAACCUGGUGAUAACAGAGUAAUGGUGGAGUGGACCACCUUGAAAGAUGGUGGAAUCUCCUUCACUGGAGGUUUUUAAGCAGAGGUUGGAUGGCCAUGUGUCAGGGAUUCUUUAGCCGUGGUUCCUGUAUUGCAGAGGGUUGGACUAGUUCCUUGAGACCCCUUACGAUUCUGCAAUCCUAUGGUUCUAUGAUUCUUCAUGCAGCACGUAGUUAAACCAUGGCACUUGCUCCCACGGGAGGCAGUAAUGGCUUUAAAAGAGGAUUUGACAAAUCCAUGCAGGGUAAGGCUAUUGGUGGCUACUAGCAAAGAUGGCUUUUUUUCCAUGUUCAGAGGAAGUCAUGCAUCUGAAUGUGAGUUGCAGGAAACGACUGUAGGGGAGAAGGCUACAAUUCAAAGUGUUGGUGCUGACCUUUAAAGCCCUAAACGGCCUUGGCUCAGUAUACCUGAAGGAGCGUCUCCACUCCCAUUGUUCACUGAGGUCCAGUUCCAAGGGCCUUCUGGUGGUUCCCUCACUGUGAGAAGUGAGGUUACAGGGAACCAGGCAGAGGGCCUUCUCGGUGGUGGCGCCCGCCCUGUGGAACGCCCUCCCAUCAGAUGUCAAGGAAAUAAACAACUAUCUGACUUUUAGAAGACAUCUGAAGGCAGUCCUGUUUAGGGAAGUUUUUAAUAUUUGAUGUUUUGUUUUGUAUUUAAUCUGUUGGGUGCCACCCCAAGUGGCUGGUGAAACCCAGCUGGAUGGGCAGGGUAAUAAUAAUAAUAAUAAUAAUAAUAAUAAUAAUUCUCAGAUCCUGUUUUCAGACUUCCCAUUGGUGCAUCUGACUGGCCACUGUGAGAACAUGAUGCUGGACUGGAUGGGUCAUUAGCCUGAUCCAGCAGGCUCGUCUUACUUUAUUAUGUAGUUCAGCCUCCUGUUCUCCCAGCAACAGACCUGAUGCCUCAAUGGGGAAAUCCCCUGUCUUUCUUAAUUCUGCAUCACUGCAAGGUGGCAGCAUUUGUUAUUCCCCUCCUGCCCCCGCUUCCCUAUUUAUAAAAUGUUCACAGUGCUUCCCCUUCUCUCUCUCCUUUUCCCAUCAAAACCACAGUGCAAAUGAGCAGGGAUGUCAUAUUUUAAAUGUUGCCCUCCUUGCUUCUUUGAACCCCUAGAACCUCCAAGAUGCAUUUUAUGCCUCAAGCCCUUCAGUGAGUAUAGCUUUUGUGUUUCCUAUCCAUCAUAAUGCUGCACACAUUCCAAUCCCCAAGUGGAAAGAGAUUCCAGAAAUGCCAGCCCUUUCCCCAGGGUUUGGUUUUCUUGGAAUAAAAGUCAGAGGAGGCUGUAAUGAUAUAUAUGUGUGCGGUUUUACUUACUCAUGUAUGCAACCUGUAUACAUGUAUACAACCUGAGCAUCCCCAGAUAAUGUGGCAUCCAGCCAGGUGAGAUAGGAAAAGGCUCACUCAUGUGUCUCUAUGGCAACCUCUUUGGACAUGUACGUGGCAGGACUUAACUAGCCGGCCAAGUUAUUACCACAACAAAGGUACUGGUUGGGUUGGUUCAGCAGGUUUCUCCUACCAGAUACUAAGCCUCACAUAUGCAGGAUCACAUAUUUGGAAGGGAUCCAUAGGUAUUUUCCAGGCUGAUGCCUCAACUCUAACCAAAGCAAUAAUUAAACCAGAGGCACCAAGAUGUUCAAGAGCUGUGGAAAUGAAGCCUUUUGGGGAAUGGCUGAGGGAGUUGAGUAUGUUUAGGCUGGGGAAGAGAAGACGGAGAGGUGAUGUGAUGAUCAUCUUCAAAUAUCUAUAAGGCUGCCGCAUGGAAGAUGGAACAAGUUUGCUUUCUGCUGCUGCUGAGGGUAGGUUCCGAACCAAUGGAUUCAAAUUGCAAGGAAAGAGAUUCCAACUAAACAUUAGGAAGAACUUUUUGAUGGUAAGAGCAGUUUGACAGUAGAAUAGACUACCUUGGAUGGUGGUGGACUGUCCUUCAUUGGAGGUUUCUAAACAGAGGAUGGUUGGCCACCUGCCAAGGAUUCCUGCAUUGCAGGGUGUUGGGCUAGAUGACCCUUGAGGUCCCUUCCAAUCCUACAAUUCGAUGAUUCUAUGAUCUGUUUGGGAAUCUGUCUUCCAAAAUGUUGCUAGACCCCAUCUUGUUCUUGGGGCGCUCUAGAUCUGUUUGAAGAAUUUACCAGGGUAUGGGGUUUGGAGCUUACCUUAGCUUUCCAAGGUGGCUGAAGGUGGUAUGUGGGGGUUCCCCUCCAUCCCGCAGUCAACAUUUCUCCAGCACUCUGCAGCUUCCCCGACUGCCCACACUUCCUGAUCUGAAAAAAAAAAGCCCAGCCGGAGGAGUGACCUCAUGAUGUCUUCCCCUAGGCUGAGCAUGGGAAACCAGGGAGGGUGCAAAUUGCAGAGCGCUGAUGAGAUGGUUUGUGGAGCAAAUGGAAGGACCUUCACAAAACACCCCUCGACCACCUCAAAAAUAAGGUAAGUAACAAAAAACCCAGCACCUCAUUCAUGAGAAUGUCAUUGAAAUGUUCCACCUGCUUAUAGAAUGCAAUUCUAUUCAUUAAAAUCAGGCAGGCACCUUCAGCGUACUUUUUUCAGCACCUACUCAAAACAUUUUUAGGCAAGCCCACCCAGAUACGUAGAAUGUUGACAUAUUCUUUCAAUCUAUUUUAGUUAAUUUUAAUUAGUAUUUUGAAAUGUUUUAAAUUUAACAGUUUUUAUUGAUAAUUUCAUUGCUUUAUUCUGUUUGCAAACAGCUUUGAGGUUUGGUUUGGUUUGGUUUGGUUUGGUUUUUCAUUGCAAUCAAGUGCUGUAUUUUUGUUUUAAGUUCUUUUCUCAUUAAUUGAUGACCAAUAGUCAAAAAUGCAGGAGAUGUUUCAAUGCGGCACUAAAAUUAGAUAGCUUGUAUAAUAUCACUUGUUGGUAGCCUGAGAUGAAAAGGAACUUUCCCAGGUGACUAGAUAAUAAGAAAUGAUAUAUUCCUUGAUUGCCUAACCCCAACAUCAGCCAACCCAGCCCCCUCUCCUCACCUCUGAUACCAUCAGAUAUCCACACAAGCCCAUCAAGUCUGAACUAGAUAUUAGGGCAUAAAAUCCAGUGGGUGGAGGUUCUAAUCACAAUGUUGGUUUCUUGAUUUUGUCUAGGAAAUUGACUAGGCAAGCUGGCUUGUAAGUCUGUAGGAUUGAAUGCAUGCAUGCCCCAAGUGAACAUUAUUCCUCAUGCACACUUGGAUGUCUAGCUGUGUUGGAGGUGGGGUACUAUCACAGGGUUGGUGGGGAGGGAAAGUGUGGUCUCACAUCCCACGGCUUGUAGGAGAGCGAUUGAGGAACAUGUAGUCUCAUCUGGUCUAGGGAAGCUCUUUUGUGUAUCGGAAGAGAAUUGGUUUUGGGAUUGUCUUUGUAUGUAGUUGUUAUUCAGUUUUUGUUUUUUGAUAGGCCAUAACUGGCUAACUUAAGUGAGUGUGGGCUGGUGACAUUGCUCCUUAAUACCUAGCAGGAGCGUCUCCACCCCCAUCAUUUAACCUGGACACUGAGGUCCAGCGCCGAGAGCCUUCUGGUGGUUCCCUCACUGCGAGAAGCGAAGUUACAGGGAAGCAGGCAGAGGGCCUUCUCGGAAGUGGUGCCCACCCUGUGGAACACCCUCCCAUCAGAUGUCAAAGAAAUAAACAACUAUCUGAUGUUUAGAAGACAUCUGAAGCCCUGUUUAGGGGAGUUUUUAAUGACUGAUGUUUUAAUGUAUUUUUAAUCUUUUGUUGGAAGCCACCCAGAGUGGCUGGGAAAACCCAGCCAGAUGGGCGGGGUAUAAAUAAUAAAUUAUUAUUAUUAUUAUUAUUAUUAUUAUUAUUAUUAUGCCAAGCUGUGCCCUGAGAUCUGCUGGGGUGACCCUGCUUGGAGUUCCACUGAUGGGUAUCACUGUGAUGUUCUGGUGUUUAUGUAAACAAUAUUGUGUGUAUAUCUUCCUAUAUACAUAAAAAUGCAAGGCUGUCAUCACACAGCCCCCACUGGAGGAUUAGUAGUGCCACAUCACAAUCCUAGAUUUGCAUGUGGAAAUGGGGUUAGGAAGGUGAAAAGGAAGCUUAGUAGUUGCCUGGGGUGGCAAGUGGAAGCUCUAGGGGUUAAUGCAGGAGAAAUGGGGGGAAGGUUGGUGAAAACAGCAAGUAGGAGAACAGCUCCUGGUGUAAUUAAAGUGCCAUAAAUGUGAUUUAAAGUAUCUGUUAGGUUGCAAGGGGGAGAAAGAGCGUGCAUGUUAUAUUGGAAGUGAAUGGUGAUUGAAUGAGAGUUUGAAAGUGAGUUUGAAUGCUGGUGGGAGACAGUUUAGGGAGUCAGUUGAGUUUAGGAGUGAGUGGUAGCUGGAGUGGGAGUUAGAGCUAGAGAUGGAGAGAGAGUUUGGAUGGCAAGAGGUUUGUUUUCAAUAGAAUCGGGUCUGCAUUUUUAUUAGCCACAUGAGACAAAGUAACAGAUAGGAUAACUCAAAACUUAAAUCAUAUGCUUCUCUCCAGUAUGUCAGGGUUUCCCAAACUUGGCUCUCUAGCUGCUUUUGGACUACAGUUCCCAUAAUCCCUGGCCACUGGUCCUGCUAGCUAGGGAUGAUGGGAGUUGUAGUCCAAAAUCAGCUAGAGUCCCAAGUUUGGGAAACCCUGCAGUAUGUGAUCAUAGAGACCUAUAUUUAUUAUUUCUGCCCUGAUAGAUCAUUGCCUUACACCACAUGCCCCUUGAAUGGCUACAUUAGAUGUGGGAAAUAUUCAGGUACAGUGGUACCUCAGGUUAAGAACUUAAUUCAUUCUGGAGGUCCGUUCUUAACCUGAAACUGUUCUUAACCCGAAGCACCACUUUAGCUAAUGGGGCCUCCUGCUGCUGCUGCACCACCGCUGCACUAUUUCUGUUCUCAUCCUGAAGCAAAGUUCUUAACCCGAUGUACUAGUUCUCGGUUAUCGGAGUCUGUAACCUGAAGCGUCUGUAACCUGAGGUACCACUGUAUAUAGUAUCUCUGGGGGGAACAGGAACGAAGGGAAUGUUAGAUGUACCCCACAGAAACCCAGCUCAGGGUGGUCACCUUACAAAGAGAGAAGGUGAUACAGGGGAGUUGUGUGUGUGUGUCUGUGGCUGAGGGUGGGUGGGGGCACGGCAGUCACCAUGGCGACAGGUAUUGUGGAGCGACUUCCCUGUGAAGAAAGGCUGCAGCAUUUUUUUUUUGUUUUUAAAAAAAUAAUAUUUAUUGCUUUUCCGACAAUUCAAACACACACAAAAAUAAGAAGAAAAAAAGAACAACACAACACAAUACAAAAACACUACACAACCCACUAAACUAACAGAACAAAAACAGUUAAAAAAAAACAUCAAACAAUUUCCGUAUCUUAUCUUUCAUUCACUUAUUUCAGUGACCUCCUCACACCUCCCUUUUUGUAUUCCACUUCUGUUAAUUGUUUCAGCAAUUCCUUUCCAUCUUCCUCUGCUUUCUAUCUUUUAAUUAUCUUAACAAAUUCUAACCUUAUUUUUCCCUUCAGUACUCUGUUAAUCUAUUUAUACUUAAUUCCUUAUAACAUUUCUACUAAAGCCAUAUAAUUUCAUUCCAACAUUUUUCUAACAUUCAUUAAUUUUACAGUAUUUCUGUAAAUAGUCUUUAAACUUUUUCCAGUCUUCUUCCACUGACUCUUCUCCCUGGUCUUGGAUUCUGCCAGUCAUCUCCGCCAGUGCAAGGCUGCAGCAUUUUGAGGUUUCUUAAUUCGGAGAAAAGACGAGUAAGAGGUGACACAAUGGAAGAUUAUAAAAUUAUGCAAGGCAUGGAGAAAGUGGGGUGCGGCAAAAAUUUGUCCCUCUAACGUAGCAUUAGAACUCAUGACAUCCAAAGAAGUUGAAUGUGGGAAGAUGCAGGACUGAGAAAAGAAAUCCUUCUCCUCACAGCACAUAGCUAAACUGUGGAACUAACCUCCUGCCGGAGGCAAUGAUGGUCAGCAACUCAGAUGGCUCUAAACGAGGAUUAGAUAAACUCCUGAAGAGGAGAAGGCUAUGAAAGGCAACUAGCCAGGGGUGCCAACUUGAAUAAAAUAUUGGGGAAGGGGCAGGUAAGCCCCACCCCGCAUAAUCGAUCACAAGACGCAGCCCAUCAACUUUGGGGAGGCCUGGCCCUCUCAAAUAUUUUAUUUGUGGGGGGAAAGGGAACUCGGCCCCCAGGAAUUGGCUCUUGUGCUACUAGCUAUGAUGGCUAUGUUCUGCCUCCACCGUCCAAAACAGCAAUGCUUCUGAAUACAGUGGUACCUCGGGUUAAGUACUUAAUUCGUUCCGGAGGUCCGUACUUAACCUGAAACUGUUCUUUAACUGAAGCACCACUUUAGCUAAUGGGGCCUCCUGCUGCCGCUGCGCCGCCGAAGCACGAUUUCUGUUCUCAACCUGAAGCAAAGUUCUUUUUUUAAAUAAUAAUAAUAAUAUUUAUUAAAGUUUCAAAGGAAAAAAAAUCACAUUAGUAAAAAAAAAUUAACAAUGAAAAGGAAAAAUACAAAGUAGAAAAAAAGAAAAAACAGUUAAAAACAAUUCCAUCUUUUCCUCACUUCUUUUACGUUUACUUGUUUCCCGGACCUCCUCAUACCUCCCUCUUUUGUAUUCCAAUUAAAUUUGUUAUUCCAACAAUUCCUUUCUAAUCCUAAUCUUUAAUCUUGAUAUAUUAUAACUUUAAAUUUUUACAUAUUAAAAACCAAUUUUUCCAUAUUCUUUUGUACCUGUACAGCUAGAAACCACUUAACUUCAAUCCAACAUCAUUCUAACAUUCAUUAAUUUUGCAAUAUUUCUGUAAAUAGUCUUUAAAUUUCUUCCACUUAACCUGAAGCACUAUUUCUGGGUUAGCGGAGUAUGUAACCUGAAGCGUAUGUAACCUGAAGCAUAUGUAACCUGAGGUACCACUGUACCCAUUUCUGGGAGCCACAGGAAGGGAGAGAGAAGUGCUCUUGUCCUCUUGUCCUCAGCUCUUACCUGAGGGUUUCCCAGAAGAGGCAUCUUGUUGGCCACUGUGGAAACAUGAAGCUGGAGUAGAUGGGAUACUGGCCUGAUCCAGGAGGCGCUCAUGUUUUCAAUGAGGGACUUUAAAUGAGUUCUUAUGUUUUAAAUGAGGGUCUUCUUGGUGGUCGUGCACCAAUUGUGGUACUCCCUCCCACAAUGACAGUUUUUCAUUGUCAGUCAAAGAUGUGUUUACUUGUCCAGGCUUUCGAGAUCUGUGUGAAGGGUCCCAAACAGUUCAAUAUUUCCAUAUGCUGCUAUAGGUUUUUAUUAUUAUUAUUAUUAUUAUUAUUGCAUGCUGUGAGUCUCCCUGGGCUCCUGUGGCAGGAAGGGGUGAUACAGAACCAACACAACCACAACCAUAAUUUGAAAAGUAUUUCUUCAAGCUUCUGUACAUAUUGUUACCUACCUUAACCAGGCUAGAAAAAUUAUUAUUUUCAUUGGGUGUGAUCUAAUGUCAAGUCAUGCUCAGAUUUAAACCCCAUGGAAUCAAUUAAUUUAUGUAGCUUUGGUUCCAACAGAUCUGAUUUCAGCAUGUCUUGGUUAGACUCUCUCUCGUGUUCUGUUUUUAUUUAAAGAGGAAAUAAAAUUAAAUUUUACAUUGGAUGAUUGUAUAUUUGGUCUGCGGAGGGUCCUUAUGUGCAUGGCUACUGUUUUAUUUGAGUUUUUGUUGAUUUUCUCUAAAUUUGGUCCAUUUAAUUAAAGGCGAAAAUGAGCUGUAAGGAAGGUGAUAGCCACUGAAAAUUAAUGCAUGGCUAAUACUAAAAAAUAAAAAACCCAAAAAAACUGUAGAUCAUUGUGGGAUGCUGCUAAUUUUAAUAUUUUCUUUUUGUCCUUAACAGGAUUCCAUUGGUGAACCUGUAAAAAAAAAAAAAAAAGGAAUGGGUUACCUAUACCUACCAUUUGUGUUUACUGAUGGAAGACUCAAAGAACAGCCAAAUAUAUUUUUAUAUAAUAAAAAAGGGAUUUGCCCCUACGAGUGAUUGAAUUUUCGAGGAGUGCAUUAUUUUUCAUGGGAGAAGAUGGUCGUGGGUGGGGUCUGGGGUGGGGAGAGAAUAAACUUGCAAGCAAAGAUGGAAGAAAGAAGAUGGAAGCCAGCCAAACAGAGCCAUGGCUUCAGUCUGGGACAUGUGUGGACUGUGACUCUAUUUUUGAACCUGUGCCAAUAAUACCAUAAUGUGCCAUGAUUCGCCUGGGGGAAACGUCUUCAGAAGGUGACGCAGAGCGGAAUACAUGUCAAAAAGAAAAAAAAUAUAUAGUGAAAGCAAGGGUGGGG